AGUCCCACAUAAAUACUCUCACUGAUGCCUCGAUUCAAGCCAAGUCUGCCUCUGUUUCUCCUCCGACCAGACAAUCACUGGCAUUAAUGCUGAGAAAGAGGAGGAAGAGGGUGUUACUGAAGGCUGGGAGCUAAACAGGAGAAACAAGACGGUGUAAAAAGACAAGAGACAGAGUGACAGAGAGAGGAAGAGCGUCAAGAGGAGGAGGAGAGACAAACAGAAAGAGAGAGAGAGAGAGAGAGAGAGAGAGAGAGAGAGGGAGGGAGAGGGAGGGAGGGUUUAAUACCAAAUAAGCUGCCCUCUCUUCUCCCACAUCUCAGUCUGAGAGCACCGGAGCACAGUCACAGCUCUGGAGCGCUUCCCCCCCGACAUGCAGCUACAUCUGUGAGCUCUGUUCAUUCAUGCAGGGGUGCAGUGAUCCUGUGUGGAAGGCAGCGACACCUCCAAGAGGGUUUUGAACCUGUGUUGAUGAGAUCGUCUGAGCUCGGAGGCAGAGGAAGCUGAAGAGGAGAGGAGGACGUGCAAGAGCUGGACGUGGAUGCUGAGCUGCUCCAGUCUACAGUGAAGGUCUGAACAUUUUCCUCUCUUUGAAAACAUGCUGGAGAUAGACUGACAUUGAAUCAUUUCUCACUGUUGUGUUGUCUGCUUUGCUGAUUAUCUUUCUAUAGAGCAAAUUAGGACAAAAUACAGCAGGGAUGAGUUUGUCUAACCUCCACAGGGAUGAAUGACAGGGAAGUUUCACGUUAAUAAAAGUCACUAACAGGUGUUGUGUGUGAACAGUAGAGAGGAGAUCUUAUAAAAAAAAUGUUUUAGAUUUACCUACAGAACAAAACCCUGUGUCACUUGGAAAAAAACAUGACCAAGGCAAGACGGACAAGUUUAUCUAUACAGCGUAUAUACAGUAGGUAACAAACAGGGCUGCAAGAUACUGAAAAAUGACAAAUAAAUGAAAAAUUUAUUUGUCCUGCCUGCAAAAGUCAUCAUGAGGUAGAAGAAAAUACAGCAAUUAGUGCAUCUAAACUAUCAGAAAUUUCAAUAACAUGUUGAUAUUUGUUUUUUGGAUAUUUUCAAAUCAGAUCUCCCCACUUUUAUCAUCACACUGAGUCCAGCUUUCCGAUGGUAGAAGUCGGCAUUCAGAAGUAGAGACACAAGAUGAAGAGAGAGUACCAGUGGAGCGACACGCUGCUGUAUAAACUUUACCAAUACAUUCAGUCUACUUGUUUAUACAUGCAGCUAAUUAUAAACUCACCUUAUUGUUGUUAUGAUGAACAUGCACCGUAGGUAUAGAUACCCAAAGAAAACACUCAAUGAUCCUACAAGUUUGGUUGUCCCCAACAACAGUGACAUGCAUCAAGAUAAGUCAGACAAUAAUGUCCGGCAAAAUCAAAUAUUUUUCAGGUUUCUGUGAAAGUAGCAGUGUCUCGAAUUUGUGAGCAUGUUUACACUGUGACACACUCUUUUACACUCUGACACACAGAUACAGACCUACACAUACAUGUGUGAUGGGCUGCAUCAGAGUUAUUUUAGAGAGUCAUUUAACAUGAUUAAUCCUGGACAGAAAGUAAGAAAAAACAGCAAUAUGUAUUUUAGGUCAUGACUGACAUUGCACAUCCUGUGAUAUGACUAUUGCUCACAGGUACCAUGCAAUUGUGAUGAUGUCUGUGUGCCUUACAUGAGAGAUACAAUCAUUAUGAUGCAGGUUGAAAGAUAAAGGAGGCAUUUGAAGAAUUUUUGAUGUUGAUGAAAUAGACUGAAAUUUAUAUUGAUGCUUUUUUAUGACAUCCAAAGGCGAGAAAGACCACCUGUGACAAGAUUGACUAUUUAACUUUCAAUGCUUGAAACUAGUGAGAAGAGGUAGGUGUCAGCCAUGCAGCUGAAGUUCCAGCCCUGUUUUUCUAAUUUGCUCCCAAAAAAAUCACAAUAAAGGAUUCAUUUGACUGUCAGAAGUCAGCAGGGUGAGAUUUGUUUUCUCACCAAAAGAUGACUUAAGCCUGUAGAGAACAAAAUAAAAAAGGCUGCUUUAUCUCAAGGAGGCACCAAAAACUGAAAGUUCCCGCAGGAGCUUUAAAAUAAUUAAAACAAGCAAUAAGACGGCAAGAGAAGUUAGAGGAAAAGAAGCUAAGAAAUAUUAAUAUGAUUAAUGAUUAAUAUUUUUCAAAGUUACCAUGCAAAUGUAUAAAGAUUAGUUAGUAAAAAGCAAUUCAAGCAUUGCCACUCGUCACCAUUGAUUUUUGUCCCAACAGUAAAAGUGUGUGUGUGAAAAUGCCCUGCUAUUGUCCAGGUUUUGUUUCUAACUCUGAAGGACAGAAAUCAGACCUGUGCAAGAAUACCUGAAUGGAAAAGAUGGUUUGCAAUGAAUCACAGAUAACAAAUAUCAUCCCUUGUGUAUCUAAAUUCUUCAGCUCUUUGCAAACCAGUAGUGUUUUCCUGAAUUCUUUGAAGUGCGGACAGUCAAAGUUAAGAAGUAAGGUGAGUCUGCUUACCAGAUUUCUCUGUUAAAUGUUUAUUUCCUGACAUGAUGGUUGUCAGUCUUCGCUGCGCAUCGCUCCGCUGCGCCCGCUCUCCUAAAAUGUAAAUCUUUCUAUUAGACUUAGGAUGAUCUUCUGGCGUUUUGCUGCCAAACUGUCUGACUGAAGUGCUCAGAGGAUUAUCUCACUCUUCUCUCUCUCAUACAUUCAAAGAAGAAGCUGCUGGAUAGAUGACAUAUAUUCAUUCCUUUGCAUUGCACAUCGUCUUGUGACCUUUAGACAAAAGUAUUCAGUGAUUAAGAAUAAAGCAGACAUUUACCUACAGGAAUCAAUAUUUGACUUACUAUUAAAAAAACAGUUACACAUGCAUACAAAGAAAAAAUGAAGCACAAAUAUCACAAAUUCUUCAUUAAUUCUAAGUAAAACUUGAUAUAAUCUAUCAUUUUAGUCUAGUAUGAGUCAAUAAAAAGUCAUGACAUUUUAGACUUGGAGUCAAAUCAUGUUCCUCCUCUUCUAUACUUAGCUGAUCAAAACUCUGUAUCAAGUUUGUACCAAAUGUCUGAGCCCACAAAGCAACAUUACACCCUCUGAAUACUUAUAUAAACAUCUGGAGUCUUUGUCUCAGUUUGAUGCCUCUCUGCUGUUCCUGGUGACAUUCACUCCAUGGUUCAAUGUGAAAUGUGUCCAUAAGUCUGCUCUUCUCCUAUCUCCGGUUGUUUACAUAUUGUUGUUUUAAUUUGAUGAGAAACAGAAUGAGUUGGGUGUGUUGUGUAUGACCGUCUUCCUCAAGCGUCUAACUUCCUUACUGCAUGUAAUUCAGUUCUGAUCUGCUCUGCCAAAGGUUUUUGUUUUUCUCGUUUUAUAUGUUGACAAGGCAGCAAACGCCAGUACACAAGUCAGGUUACUGGGUACCAAGUGGGCAGGUAAUUUCCAUGGACUUCAGGUUAGACUCACAACAUCUCUGUGAAACUUAACAGCUGGCUCUGCCAUCCAGCCCUGCAUACAAAUACAAAGAGGAAGACAGAGAGAGGAGUCUGUAGUCAGGGCCAGAAGCUACUAUGACCAUGUACGCUCCACCUCCCCCUCUCACUCAUUUUAAUAAAGUGAGAAACAAGAGAAAGCAGUGUGUAGAGAAUAAGGUAGGUUUCCCAACCUUGAGAUCACCUAAAAAUUUACUUUUUAAUCAAAAAAAAAAAAAUUAAAUAAAAUUAUAUAUAUAUAUAUAUAUAUAUAUAUAUAUAUAUAUAUAUAUAUAUAUACUUAUUAUUUUAUGCCUACAAUAGGGUGACCAUAUUCUGAAUCCUCAAAAGGAGGACACGACGACGCGAGAGCAGAGACAUGGAGUUGCAUGUAGGUAAUUUUGAGAGUUUUUCAGCUCGGGUUGAGUGUUUUUUUAUGCACUUCUAACUCAGUUAGUCCAUGCUACACAAACUCAAAACUUCCAUACCAAACCCCAGACAUUUAAAGGAUUUUAUAAACUCCCCCAGACAAAGCUGGACAGCCUCCCAAAAAAGAGGACAUGUCCAGGUAAAAGAGGACAUAUGGUCACCCUAGACUAUAAUGUCAUAGGAAAAUCAAGUUGUAAUUUUUAUAAUCUUACAAGAAUAAAUUCAUUGUACAAUAAGCUUAAUGUCAUAUUUUAAUGGAAAGAAAGUUGCAGUAAAGUCAUAAUAUAAAGUCAUAAAAGUCCUCAUGUUAUGAGAAUGGAGUCGUGAUAAACCAGCAGCCUGUGCCAAAAUGAGGAAAAUGGAGCAUCCUCUAAAACUGCACUUCAGUAAAUGUUUCUCGAACAAUGAAAAGCUGAAUCUUUUGUCUCCUCAGCACCGCAUAGUUAUAAAUAUCAAAACUCUGAAAGGCUGUACAAAAAGAUGAGACAUGUGGUUUCCCCUUCAAAACAGCAUUAUGUGACUAAUCUUUGAUGAAAAAAAGAGACUUUAGUCUCGUAGCAGAAUGAAUUUAUCACAACUUUAUUCUAAAAAGAAUAUGAUUUAAACAUGAUCUUACCACAACUUUAUCCUCAUUAGAUUCUGACUUUAUUCAUGUAACAUUAUGACUUUAUUCUUGAAAUCUUAAAACAACUUCAAUGUGGUCCUAAAACUGUCAUAAAAAUCACUACAUGAACUGUGAUUCAGUUUUCAUAUCUUCUAAAAAACUAAUUAAAUUCAACUACAAUGAAAAAAUAUUUUGCUCUAUAAUGAUUCAACCAUCACUUUAAUUAAAGAGGUAGCUUGCAGCACCUUCUUACCCUAAAUGCCACAUGCAAGGGCUGCAUAAUAUCACUUUAAAUUACUUGAAAUGUAAACAACAUUUGCACCCAAAAAUUUCACUGCUUGCUUAUAACUGUUGGUUCUUUUUGAAAGUGCAUCCUUGUGCAAAGCCAUAGUAACCCUUAUGCCCAGAAGCUUAUACUGGAGAUGCCCUAUCUACUACACCACGGGACUUUAGGAGGCUGCAGCAAGGUGUGCAUGCUCAGCUGUCCCAUCAAACAUGGUGAUUUAACAGAGAUCAUAAUUAUGUGGAACAGAUAUGACAAACUUAUGAAGUGAAGCUCCUUUACACUGUUUUCUCCAUGAAGUGGUCAGUUUACACCAUAUCUAUUUGCUUUUUUUAUAUAUACAUUAAGCUCACCCGGCUGUAUAUCAUUCACUUAGAAAAGUAAUAGUCUCACUUUUGCGCACUGUCUCGGCAAUUCUUCGACAAUAAUACACAUGAAAUAGUCACAGUGUUGGAUUAAAGUCCUACUCCCAUUGUUUUUUUGUUUUUUUUACUACUUAAAGUGUUAUCAGUGGUCUUUAAAUUGUGAUUAUGAAGUUUUUAGCCAAAUUAUGUGACCUGUGUCAUUUUCAAGAGCUUUCCUUGUGCAGAGCUCCAGUAGCUCAUUAGCAAUUCACCUCUGAGUCGUGGGCGGAGUCAGUGCUGCUCUGCACACUCGACUUCACGCUAGCUUGCAGCCUAACAUUGCCGGUGUAGUAGAAGUAGUUGGUAACGUAGGAGCUCUUCAGCUGUCGGACACUGAUGAUUCUGGGGGCAUGAUGAAAGGUAAAAUCAUAAUUAGCUUUCUUACCAGCAUUGCAAUCCUCUUACGCACAUGCUUGUUCAGCGAUCGUCCUUUCUACUUUUCCAAGUCUGGCCUGGAUAGCGGGGCUCUGGGGGUGGCACUUGGAUCUGUGGUGUAGGAAAUCUUACUGUGUCUGAACCUGCCAUUUGGGUCUGCCAGAGAUUCAAAGCAAUUUAAAUGCAGAAAUACUCAGAAAUGCAUUUUCACAUUUAGUUUUGUCAUGAUAUGUCCUCUAGCAUCAGAAAAAUGCCAUAUGGACACGUAGACAACAAAAAAAACAUGAUUGUCAUCACAGUGGGUCUUCAAAAUAAAUGACUAGUUGCAACACAGUCAGAAAACACUAUUUAAUGAUUGGAAACAGAUUAAUUCAAACUAAAAACAUGCUUGUUUUGAAUGUCUGGGGUCAAAAGAUUUUUGUGACAGAGUGAGGUGAUAAGCCAAAAAAUAGGUUAGUGAACAUUGAUGACACUGAUGAACCAGGUCUGACCGUACGCUCCACCUCCCCUCAUCCUCCACUGUCCAUGAGUGAUGAGAAGGAAGAAGAGAGAAAGAACAGGGAAAAGUCUGUAGAGAGAUACUAACAACUUGAAUUUGAAUCAUUUUAUAAAUAAUCUUGUGUUUGACUCAAAAUAGAUUUGACAAAACAUGAGAAGCAAACAGUAGAAAGAUGCUGACAAACAGGAGACAUAAUCUGCUGACAAAGUCGAGCAUAAAAUAUAAAAACAUGGAGUGCCAAAGUGGCGAGUGUCAGUCAGAUUCAAAAGAGCUGUGUACACGAACAAAUACUGUGCAGGUUUUCCCUCUCAGGCCUUUUCAAAAACACUUUACACUCCCACAGGGUGAAUUUGGAGGACAGCCUCAAGACCUGCUGCAGAAUCAGAGCCCUAAGAGGUCGAGUUUGAGAGGGCCAGUCUACUGAAAUUCUUUAAGUGCAAAGAAAUAGGCGGAGUAAAAACCUCAGGAGCACAGACUGUUGAGGACAAAGUGAUUACUCAGAGAAAAACCAGCUUGAUGAAGCUGAAGUUCAUGUUUAUGAACCAGCUAAAUUAACCAAGUCACAGUCUGUGGAUUCCUGCGAAAGUUGGUUUGACUUUACUCUCUUUUCUUACCCUUGAACAUCUUGUUUUUUUAAUCUGUAAACCAACAUGUCCUUGUCUGCACCCGCUGUGUGCUCUCAGUGCAAUAAAACGAUAUUGCAUCUCUUGCCUCCAAGUGUUUGCGCCUCUGACUCAUGCUGUUUGCUUCAGACACAGAGUUUACUCACAUUCCUGCAGAAUUUCUAGUUUCCCUCACCUUCAAGAAGAGUGAGGACCUCAUCAAUAAUCUGCUGCUGACGUCUGCUGAUGCUGAGUCAAAGUCAGGCUGGACAGCAGUGAUACUCUGCAGGCGGAAAAGGCAGCAGUGUUGUUGUUGAGUCCCGAAUCCUAGAAUCUGAAUCGAAUCUUGAUAACUUAGUGUUCAGGUCCGAGUCACCAGAGAAAAAUCUAGGUUUUAGUUUAAAUCCUCAUUAUAAAUAUCAAUAUUGAUUACGCACAAGCACACACUAUAGACAGCAUGAACCUGGACUGACCAUGUGGGACAUUUUGUCCUUUUGAAUGAGUAGAGAAGACAUUGUGUUCUGGUUUGUUUAAGAUCCCCACUGAUCCUGCUUGGAAGUCUAGAGAUAUAGAACAUCUAUGAAGUUACAGCGCUGUGUGUCAUGCAUAAAUGUGCACUGCAUGACUCUUCUGGGAUUUUGCUGCGAUGGGAUCACAGCAGGAAACUGACAACCUCAGUCCCACUAUAAGCUGCAGGUUAGUUUUGAAAGGAUGUUGCUCCAGAUAUUUACACAUUUUGCUGUCUUUCUGUUGACAGCAAAAUGUCAACAAAAAUAGCUUGUACUGUUGCUAUUUUCUGGUGUCGAUUAUAUCAUUUUUUUUACAACACACAAAUUGAUAUCAGGCAUAUGAUAAUAGAGUGAGUUUGCAGCAAUGGUCCGAAAACAUAGAGAUAAAUGAGGAGCAGCAGCUACUAGCAAGCUAGCUGUAGCAGUCCUGUGAGAAAUGGUUAAGCACUUUAAAAAAUGUCGUUCAAGGUUUUUUGUAAAUUCAAAAACAAUAUUAGAUUUUUUUGUCUCUUCAGGUCACUCAUCAACUGAACAUUUACACAUUCUGAUGGCUCUUCAAAACAGUUUCUGUUCAGUUAUGUAACUUAUGAUCUUCUAAAAGUGGUAUACCCCAAAAUAAAUGCAUAGUUUGACAAUGCAGGUUAAGAUCAUGAAGUUAUGUGUUGCUAUAUUUUAUGGCAGUGAAGUGUCGGCCUUAACGGUUUUGGAAAAUAAUCUAAUUGCGAAAAAUUUUCCUCAAUAUUGCGAUUUAAUAUGCGAUUAUUUUUUUAAACAAACAAUAAAUCAAUCUGUAUUAUAGUAAACAAUAUCAGAUUAAUCGUACGUAAAUUGUUCUUUCUGGCAAUUUUCAUUUCACACACACACACACACAGGCUCUCUUUGCUCACACACUAUCACUCACACACACACGCCGUCAUAUAUGUUAUGACACUAAUCUACAUACUGACGGCGACAUGUAAUCGGUUCCCAAAACACUGGAGUCUGGUCUAUUCAUUCAGCUGCACUACCAUCACCGUACUGGAUGCGUUUUUCGUCGUUAUGCAGAUGUGGUUUUAAGUUGAAGUGCUGGUUGCUGGUGUUUUAGUCGUUCAACUAUCGUACAUGACUUUGUUGCAUUUUGUGUGUUGAUAAAAGUUCACAGAGUUACCUCCUGAUGUGGCAACAAAAGCUACAGGUUCUGCGGACGUUGCACCGCAGCACUUUUUUUUGUCAAAAUAAAUCCACACAACUGCUGUGCUGCUCCUCUUUGGUAUUAAACUUUCUGCAGUGUCAGCUUCUGUAGCAGUAUUAGCCCGCUUGCUCGCAAGUCACGUGACCAGAUCACAUGACCAGUCAAAAUUGCAGCCUUUGCAGAUAGAAAAUUGCGUUUAAACGCAAUUAAUCGUUCAGCCCUAAUGAGGUGGAAACCUGAAAUCGUGAAUACACAGGGAAAAUGGUUAAAAGCUUAAACCUUGAAUCAAUUUGACUUAAUGAGACUAAACCAACCAAAUACAUAACAGCUUAGCUCACAACAGUCCAGGUAGCAUCAGGAUCACAUUUCAUUCUUCUGGAUCCGCCUGAAUGGAUCUUUGUUCAAGUUUAAGCUUGUCCUCAUCUGUUUCUGGACGGUUCUUCAAAAAUAUUCACUCAGAAGACACUACCCCUUUGUUUCAAUUGAAAGAGUAUUGGAAGUUUGGGAAUAAAACGUUCAGGCUCAUUAGAAGCGCUCGUGUAAACCCACUUCAUGAAAGCUGAGACUGGCUCCGGUCCUACAAGACUCCUAAUGGGAUCAGCAAAGAAAUGAGUGGAUGACGAGUUUGGCUUCAUAAGGUAGUGGAGAGAACCAAUAUUCACGGUUAAACUUUUGACUGAAGUGGAAAAAUGGAUGAAAUUCUUGAAACAAACUCAAAUGAGUAAAGCAGAGCAGAACUGACUUCAACAAAACUACCCUUGACUGUACUGGAGAAUAACUGUGAGUUGUGUUUUGUUUCAUAUAGUUUAUACUAUACUAAAUACAGCUGAGCCAAAGUCUUCAAACCAAAGACUUCAGAAACUGAGGAAAUUCCCAAGGAUCGUUAAAUCUGGUGGAAAUAAAUGGAAGUUAUUGGUGUAACAGUAAUCAGCUCAAUGGCUGCACAACGAUCAGUCCCAUAUUAUUUUUACAGAAAUAUGCAAAAAGCUACAAUACUUAAGGAUGGUUUUGACAAUAAAAAGCUGCUUUAUUGGUGUGUUCAUCAACAAAUUGCUCCCAAACCAUUCGUAAAGAACUGGUUUGAUCUAGUAUUUAGAUCUGCUUGAAAAUUCAUCAGAGGGCUAUUUCAUGCUGCAUUUGAAAUCAUGCACAAACAAUUAGAUUCUGCAUCAGCCGCUGACUCUAUAAUCCAUAUCGAACACAUCUCAGCAGAAUUACGAGCAGCUGAGAUGGAAAUUUAAGAAGAGAAAAUCAUUACGCUUUGAACCGGCUCUGCAGGCCUGCCAUUUCUUAAUCUGCAUACUGGGCUCUGCUCUUGAUGAACAGUGCAGAAAAGUGGCUUUGAGUCAGAUUGUUUGAGGUUGUUUUUUGCCCACUUGAAAGCUGGUUCAGAUCAGAGGCAGAUCCUCAGAUGCAGAGGAGGGAAUGCUGCAUGAGCAGAUCAAUACACAGAAAAAAAAGCUGCACUCUCAUCCUACAGAGCACCACACUCAGUCCUCUGAAGUUCACUGUAAGCCUUUAUACGCGAGGACUAAAAUAACAGGAACAUUAUUAUUUCUGCUAUUUAUGGGAAUAUUCUCUGUGAAAAGCUCCAGUGAAAAUUAAGUUAUAUAUAAACUAAGAGCAAUAAAUUCAAAAGACAUGGAGAAACUGGUAAAUGUGAAGGUCCAACCUCAACUUUGGUGACAUGUAAGCUACAGCAACAUACUCUUUAUAAAAAUUUUUCCACUUUAGGGAUGGAUUGCUGUGAUAUGUGAUGGCAAAAUCCAUAUACACAUAUAUACCCCAUAUUCUAUAAUCAAUCAAAAUUUCUCUGCUUCAAAUAAUUUCCACAGAAUAUGUGGAUUUCACUUUCUAUAGCACACAAUAUUAUUAAAAUACUAGCAAAAAUGACACAAGGUGGGGGACCAGUCCUUGUUGGUCAUAAUCUUUAGACCCUUGGGUGACACAGCAUUAAGAAAGACAUGACACUUUAGUGGAAAUGACCACAUAAGAUAAAAAUGUCUUAAAAAAAAAAACACGAUGCGUGUCCUUCGUUGACCACUGCUCUCAUAAGUACAGGUUGAAACUGUAUUACGCAAAGAGUAAAGAACAUAUAUAUGAUUCAGAAAUGUUAGCGGCUUCUCUGACCUUGGGCCCGUUUGAGACUGACUGUGGCUAAGUGUAAAACUGUCUUGUGGACUGAAAAAUCUGAAUUUGAUCUUUUUGUGUAAAUCAUGGAAAAUCAAUUUAAUCAACUGGUAAAUAGACAAAGCAGUGAAAGCAGAGCUUGAAGUGCAGUUAGUCGAAACUGUUGGGUAGCAAAUCAAAGAAGUAUUUCUGUGCUGGUCUCCAUCUUUGUUGAAGUCCUAAUCUAUACAGCACACACUCAUCCUAUUAUAUGUUUUUAAAUUAGCCAUAGCCAGAAUCAUGUGUGUAUUGCACCUACUUUGUAUUUACUGAAGUAAUGUCUCAUCAAUGCCUUUCUGUCAAAUAAACAAGUUAAUGAGAUAAAAUAAAAUCAUUUUCGAGUGCUAAAGAGUAAAUGUUGACAGGCUAAAUUAAGAUGGUGAAUAUGGUGAAUGUCGGGCCAAAAAAGCUCCAGAAUAAAGAUAAAGCAUUUCAAUUAACAUCAAUGAUAAUGGGCUUUGCUUGAAGUAUUCACAACCUGCCAGGAGGAAAAUUAAUGCUCUGAGUCCAUGUGGCCUCAGAAAUAAAGGACUCCUUUUUGCAGGAUUGAUUUGAACUGUGUUGCAAAAUUAAUUUUAUUCAUUUUUCCUCUUUAUUUGUGUCCAUAUUUUUUUUUCUUUCUUCUUUUACUGCUUAUUUUCAUCAGUUCUUGCCAAAAUUACAACAGCAAUAAUAACAGAUAAGACAAAGGGACAGAAGUUUUCAUUUUUAAACCAUUUGUCUAUUCAGUUCAUAAGACAUGUUUGCAGCCUUGACUGUACGGAAAAAGUCAUGAGACAAAUAAAAUGAAUAAAUAAGCUUGAAUAUGUGAAAAAUGGACACAGAAAUACCUUUGGUUUAGCUUAAUGGAAGAUGAAAUGGAUAAUUCAGGCCUAAUUGCUGAAAGACACUGAAAUAGUUUGACUUUCUACAGAAAGUGCAUUUAGGAUUAGUUGGUGUUUAUAAUAAUAUAAUUAGUCUCUUGUAUAGACACAUUUUGUAGGUGUAGUCACACCAAACACAGUAACAUGCACACUUAAUGAGAAGUGUUGAUUGGCUCGUCAUCACGAAUCACACAUGUACCUAUCUGAUAAGGCCAAGUAUUAAAAGAAGCAACAUAUUUCACACAAUGUGGCCACUGUGCAUAAAUAAAAGAAUAAAUAAAUAAGAUAUAAGCUGUAUAACACCUUUACAAAGUCUGAUAUCUGUUUCUUUCAAAUACACCACAGACUCCCACACAACCCUUCACCUACAAUAUGUUGCUGCUGCUGCUAAUAAAGAAUGUGGCUAAUUAGUGAAUUUUUGCAUAUUAUCAGGUAGAACUGAGAUCAUAAGAUGUUGUAUUUAUUAUAUUCACUCAACAGCAGCGUGUUGGUAUCACUGGUAUGGUAAAGACUGACUUUGCAUUACAUGUAUUGCCAUUGAUUUUAUGUGUAUUAUUAAUACUGUACACAUUUAGUUCACAUUUGGCCCGCACACUCCUCAAACCAAACUAAAGAAAACAAAAUUACAUCUCUUAUGUCACAAUUUAAGUAUGAGGAGGUCACAUGAGAAAAUGUCACAUUGGAGAAAAAAGGAAAUACAUUUCUGAUUUUAACAAGCUGCUUUGUUUGUUUGUUGAGGGUUUUUCAUUCGAAGGACCAAUCUGAUGCUGACUGACAGCUUCAAACUUAUUCAAAAGUUUCUCCUCUUUGACAAAAAAAAACGAGCACAGCUUUAGAGACAGAAAAGUGUGAGUGGUUUCAAGUGUGAGAGUGUGUUUGUGACCUGAGUGUGAGUUUAUGUAUUCAGUUGUACGAAUGAUGAAGCUGCAGUCUUUGUGGAGACCAUAAUUUAAUCAUGGCGGUACAUUCGUAAAUUCCUGAUUGUCGUUGCUGAUUAUAUAUGUGCCUCAGAUUGUUUUAAAUGAAUUGAAACGUGUGUUGAAUGGUAAUGAUUUCCAUCUGAGUGAAAAUUAUACUUUCAACCGGUGAAAUGGGAUUGUAUGCUAAUGUAUUAAAAUGGGACAAGAAAGAUGCACACAUACAAAUAUAUACAUUAAGACUCAGUUUGUUUUUUCUGAUUGCAGUUUGCAUAUAAAUCUAUAGUGGACCAGUCCCUCUUAAAGUUGAUGUGCUCCCCCUUAAAUGAAAAAAGACACUGUAAUGACUGGAGUAUCAAAAAACCCAUCGCCUUAAUAUCAUCAGUGAUAAUAACUUCAGGCUGUAAACGUGUAUGUUUUUGCUGUAGAGAUGUGCUUUAUUGAAUGAGUGUGUUUGUGGCUUGCUGUGGUCUCAGGAAAUGAAGAAAAAUCCACGAUCCUGCAAUUUGUAACACUUUUCGCUUAAUUUCAUGGGCUCUAUUUUCGUGCCUUGCCGGAGACGUGGCGCAGACUUGGCGUAAGUCAGGUCUGCGGCACCGACAAGGCGUGCCAAAGCACAUUUUUGGUAUUUUGGUGAGCGGCGCUGCCAAUUUUCGUGAAGUAGUCAGAGAGAUCAAGAGAUGUCUAAAGACAGCAAUGCCACAUGAUGGCGACAGAAGGCAGCUCCUCAACAAGUGUUGCUGUAAACGCUGCAGAGGGCGUCCUUCACACUGUCUCAUAUGAGCACAGAUGGAUUUGGUGUGUGUAAUGUAGGACCCACUGGUAAGACAAACACCCUUUUCCACAAAUAAAGACACUCACAUAAAGUUGCACAUAUUCAAACCUCACGUGACAAAGGUGGGUUGUGCGCACAGAUCACAACAUAAACUCCAAAAAUGGCAUUUAUAUCGGAACCAUCUAUACACAAAUGACGCAUCGCGCUCCGUGGCCUGGCUCUUUCUUUCAUAGAUGUUGGCAUAUAAAAUAAAUUUGGCUCACAAAACUGAAUAUUAUAAUAUCCGUAUGUAGGCUUAAAGUAAAAAACUCAUCUGAUCACUGAAACAAAUCAUCUGUUCAGCCGCCGCAGCAGCAGCUGCAGCAGGACGGGGGAGAGGACGCGGAGAAAUGUCCAGGUCGAGCUGCGCAAGAAAUAAGAGAAAGAAAGAAAAGGAGGGAGAUGAAUUACAUAUCUUGUUAACUUCAUCAUGUGUGUCUAUUUACUAGAUAUUUAAUUAGGGCCCGAGCGUAGCUGCUAAGCAGCUGCGAGAGCCCUAUUAUUCCCCAAGUGGUUUUUCUUUGUUUCUUUUUUCUUUUUCCUCCCCUUUGAACUGGAAAAUGGCCCACUUCCCACUGGCGAAAACUCAGGAAAUUUGGCAGGACGACCGGGCCUGGUGAAAAAUUUGAUAUUCCGAAGUCGCCCAAACAAGAAAAUGCAAAAUGGCUCCAUAGCGCCCCCUAAGGUGAAAAUUCACACUAUUGACUGUCACGCCUGUACGCUUUGUCAAAAUGACACAAAAAUUGACACACACAUGUAUCUCAAUAAGAUCUACAAAAAAGUCAGUGCGGGCGUAUCUGUCAAAUGUACGGUUAAAGGGUUAUUUUGCAUUUUUUGCCGAUCCGCACACAUUGGAAUUUCGCUAACUCCUCCGAAGGCUUUCGUUCCACCGGCACCACAUUUGCUCAGGCCAAUCUACACCCCAUGGCCAUUAAAAGUUAUUCAAAUCAUGACGCUGCACCCCACGGUUUAGGUUCUAGGGGGCGCCAAAGAUAACCCUAAAAUCCACAUUUUUAAAAGUCUUAUAACUUUUUAUUUUUGCCCUCACUGGCCUCCAAGUUUUCUAGGAUGAUGCAAUGUCCAGCCAUCAACACAUUUGUGAAGGAAUUUUUACUCCCCAAAAGAGCGCCCCCCCAUGGCAGGAGAAAAAAGUCCAUUUUUUCUUGUCCCCUAAGGUGAAAAUACACAUUGUUGAGUGUCACGCCUGUACGCUUUGUCAAAAUGACACAAAAAUUGACACACACAUGUAUCUCAAUAAGAUCUACAAAAAAGUCAAUGCGUGCGUAUCUGUCUAAUGUACGGUUAAAGGGUUAUUCCGCAUUUUUUGCCGAUUCGCACACAUUGGAAUUUCGCUAACUCCUCCGAAGGCUUUCGUUCCACCGGCACCACAUUUGCUCAGGCCAAAUUACACCCCAUGGCCAUUAAAAGUUAUUCAAAUCAUGACGCUGCAUCCCACGGUUUACGUUCUAGGGGGCGCCAAAGAUAACCCAAAAAUCCACAUUUUUAAAAGUCUUAUAACUUUUUAUUUUUGUCCUCACUGGCCUCCAAGUUUUCUAGGAUGAUGCAAUGUCCAGCCAUCAACACAUUUGUGAAGGAAUUUUUACUCCCUAAAAGAGCGCCCCCCAUGGCAGGAGAAAAAAGUCCAUUUUUUCUUGUCCCCUAAGGUGAAAAUACACAUUGUUGACUGUCACGCCUGUACGCUUUGGCAAAAUGACACAAAAAUUGACAAUCAUGUGUAUCUCAAUUAGAUCUACGAAAAAGUCAAAGAGCGCGUAUCUGUAUAAUGUACGGUAAAAGGGCUAUUUUGCAUUUUUUGCCGAUUCGCACACAUUGGAAUUUCGCUAACUCCUCCUAAGGCUUUCGUCCCACUGACACCAAAUUUGCUCAGGCCAAUCUACACUCCAUGGCCAUUCAAAGUUGUAAAAAUCAUGACGCUGCACCCCACGGUUUACGUUUUAGGGGGCGCCAAAGAUGACCCAAAUAUACAUUACAGUAGACAAAGUAGUUUUGCCCACUGAGUGGCGCCAAAGGGACUUGUCUGUGGAGUCUGUGAGUCACUAUUGGCCGUUUUUGACUACUUUAGAUUUUACCUUUAUAUUUCCUCUUACAAAAUUUUUACCUUGCCUUGCCUGGUAUCAUUUUUUUCAGCACAACCUCACCUGUGUCAAUUUACAGUUAUUUUAUCAUUUUGACAUACUAUAUUUACACAUUGGACCCAAAUUCACACACAAAACAUAAAAUCCGAGUGGAAAAAAGUAACGUUUUUACUGUGAAAACCACAAAUAUGUGUGAUGAACUGUUUUUAAAACUUAAACUUCAAAUAAAAAUUGUAAACUUCAAAACAUAUGCAAAUUUUUAACAAAGAACAUAGUAAUUUACCUCUAUUGACAUCAAAAUGCAGGCAAUGGCCCAGGCGUUCUUUGUAAAAUUAUUUACAAAACACUGUAUAGUCUCACAAAUGUCACUUUUUAUUUAUGCCACUACAAAAAAACAUGAUGUAAAUGAUGCAUGAUGUAAAACAUGAUGUAAAAAACUUGUGUAGAUCCUCCUCUAUGUUAGUCCAUGUGUAAUUUUUCCAUAAUUCUUUGUUUUUUGCAGCAUUUUUGUUAGUGUAACUGCAGAUUGUGCUGACAGUGUCUGUGGCAAAAAAAAAAAAAAAAACUGAAAAUGCCUCAACAUGAACCCCUGGUGGUCUCUGAGGGUGAAACCUGCUAACUGCUGCAGCUCUGUCAGCUUCAGUCUCCCAUGCAGAGCUCGGAGCGCAUGUGUGGCUCUGCACCCUUAGCAGCGUUGCUAACUCCUCAGUAAGGAAAGCCUGCUUCAUGUCAGAGUCUCUAAACUCCAGAAGUCGAUAAAAGUCACUUUCUUUCUAAAAAAAAGUCGUUAGGGGGUCUGAAAAGUCAUUGAAUCUAACAACAAAGUCGCUAGGUUUGCAACUACGUGUCCCAGACUGCAUCCCUGCUGAGAGUCCCUCCCUCCCUUCUCAUAUUGCAGGAAGAACGUAAGCGCCCGCCCCUUGUCAAUCAGUCACCAUAUAAUUUUGGAUUGGUUGUUGUGGUGAAGUUUUCCACCAAUAGGAGAGAUGUUGUGGUGUGUUUUUUUCUUUUCCUUUGGCAAGCCUUUUCCGCCUGUAAGACCUGUCGCUAAUGUCUGCAUGCUAUGUUUUCCUGUCUCAUACAGCGCGAUCGAGCGCCGAACGUGAUCAAAAUAAGCAGAAAACAAGUAUCGCGGACAUAAUUUAUCAUAACUCUGGUUUUAUUUGGCCUAUCAACACAAUUUAAAAACUGGUAUAUAGGUUGAGGUCCUCACUUUUGAGAUAAGUUGAAACGGAGAGUCAACGAGGCUCCGUCUUGCAGCUACAUCCGGUUAAAUAUGUCAUGUGACUUGAACGCACACACACACACACACACACACACACACACACACACACACACACACACACACACUCACACACACACCGUCUUGCAGCUACAUCCGGUUAAAUAUGUCAUGUGACUUGAACGCACACACACACACACACACACACACACACACACAGACACACACACACACGCACACUCAGAGUCUGGUUUUUAGCACCUGCAAAAACAUGCUAUUUACAUAUUUGACAAGAAUGCAGAGGCUUCCUUUUGCCCCUGAAAAAAAAUCAAAUUUCAAACACAACUUGACUGCUCAUUUCUCCAAAAGACAACCAUGAAGCUCCAUCCAAACCUGAAGCAGGCAGUUGGUGCAUGUGUACAGUAACCUGAGGGGAGUGAGGUGACUGCUUCUGAGGAGAACAUGAGCAGUGAAGAUUCACCUUGGAGCUAGAACAGGGACGUGUACAUGAUUAUACAGGGGCAGGGGCUCAAGUUUUUUCCAGUCGUUUAUACAAUAUGGAAAUUAAUGUGAAAUUAAAAAACAAAGUAUUAAUAGAAAGGUAAUGACUGUCCUGUGUAGGUGACAGUGAUAUCCAAUAGGCUAGGCACUCACGAGGCUGGCUGUGGCAAGUGUAAGUGAAAGCAACACGCACUGGCAGGAAGAACAGCAAACGCCGAUGAAGGAAAAGGGUCUUUGUAGUGAUGGGCGUUACCAGAGAGGGCGAUGGCCAGAGGACGCGAAUGGGACGGGGAGGCAGCGCGUUGGGGGGGGGGGCGCGACACGGCUCGGGCCCGCCAGUGCCCCAACGGGGCCCUAGUUUGUUUUGUAUCUGCGAGCUUUCAGCACACUUUACACGGCGGCAGCGAGCACGAAAAUGUCACUGCGCCAUCUGAUUCUGUUGACACCUCCCCCUUCUGCGCCACCACGCCCAGCGAGGCGGACCUCGGUGUGCCUCAGUCCACAAAAAUACCAAACUACCCGGGCUCCGCCGGCCACAAAUACCAGUGCGCGGGGUCCACCACCCUCAGAUUCUCAAUUUGUGUCUAAACGAAGGGUGCAAAUGAUGGUUAAUGUCUGCGUUUUUAAAAAUAACCGGGUACAUAUAUACGGGGCCUAAGUCUGACUGAAACCAGAUUUUUGAAAAACAUGUAAACACAUUAGUCUGAUUUAAAUCGCAUGAAAUCAAACACCUCAUGUGGUUGAGGAUCAUUUUUCUCUUCUAUGUUUAUGGAUCAGUCAAACUGAAACUGGCCUAAAUUUAAAUCAAACUUAUCAACUGGGGUGACUGGAACAACUGUUUCAGCCAACAGGCACCUGGUCUAAAACAGACCUUAUCUGAGGUCACCACAUGAAAGCAUUCAAAGCUUUUCAUAUUAAAUGAUGUAUGUCUUGAACUCUCAUCUGCUGUGAAAGCCAUUUGAAUUUGUCAUUGUAACAUGACUAAAUAUGGAACAGUUUAAGGAGCUUCACUUCUGUACAUUUCCACAUUUGCCUCCAAUAAGAACAGGAAUAUUCAGUUGUGUGUUUGAGGUGAAAUAAUAACUGUCUCCAUUAUCCGUGAGGAGUUACACAGACUUGUUGUUAGUGUCUUUGAUCAUGAGAAUAAUUGGAUUAAGCUCAUUAUAUGCCCAGCAGAACAUUACACUUGUUCACAGUUUAAGUGUGUACACUGUGAUUUCUGAUGGAACUGAUUGUCAUUUACCUCCGGCUGCUUCCAUUACAACACGGUCAUACAAGCAACUCGACAUAAUUAUUACUUUGAUUGUGGUCACAUUUUUUGUGACUUGAUAUUGCGAUAAGACAUGAAUUUUGAUGAAUGUUGAUUGCCUCGAGGGAAACAAGCACAUAAUUAUUUACUCUGCCAACAAACACAGUAUGCAAAAUAGAGAGAAAAUGAGAAUAUUAAGUGAGGGAACAGCUUGAUCAAAUUAUUUUCCAACUCUGAGUACACAUAGUAAUUAGAUUAUAGUGAGCUCAUAACCAAAGCAAUGAAUAAUUACAACUGCAAACAGUAUGCAUGAUGAUUUAGAGGGCAUUUUAGUUUAAUAGUGCUUCCAGCAGAGUUAAAACUCAGAGAUAAGUGAUGCAAGUUUAACAAAAAGGUUGGAAAACAUGAAAGUACAAGGGACAUCUCUAAUACAGAAACCUGCCAGCAUAUUAUGGAAAACAAUGAAACAAAGCGUAACAAACAGGAAAUUUAACUGUGAAAUAGCUUUUGGUAAUAACAGUGUUGUUGUAAGAUGAGACUCUUCAUGCAGAAACACAAUCAGAGCACUUCACUGUGACACGCUUUUUACUUCUCUCACCUAUUUGGUGCAAAUGUCGAUGAGCUGAAUUUGAUUUGGUCUCAUAAAUUUAACCUUCAGCACUACAAGGCAGCUCUGAUCUGAUAGAUACAGAGAGCCCAGAGAAAUAUAAAUGCAUAUUUAUUCAAUAGACCUUCCGAAUCACUGUACGAAUAUCAGGAUUUUAUUAAAACUGCAGCCAUACACAGCAAAAGUCUGACUAUAACAUGCAAAGGUAGAGCACUUAUAUAGCCACCAAUAGAGAUGUAAAUAGUGUUGUUUUUUUCUCUUCAAGUGUAAGUCUGACACAUGAAACCAUCCUGCUUGUUUUUGAAUAUUUCUGCACAACAGUGAAGGUCAUAAAAAUCCCUCCAUCACCAACCACUCACAAACCCAACCUUAACCCCCAAUGUGUGGUUGUUAUAUAAUUCAGUAUCAUGAGUUCUGCUAUAAUAAAUCUGUGUUUUAGUGUUUUUUCUUGAGACUAAUUAAGCUGACUAAAGUCACGUUUGCCUUCAUUAAGGGCUCAGCGCAAUUUGUCCCACAUUUGUCUGCUAAAUUGUUUGUUGGCUUCCUGUACAUAUCACUGUCCAGUUACACUGAUACUGUUGGUGGAACAAAUUUAAAAAGCAUAGCAGUUUUAGAGAUUCGAUUUGGCAUAAAACAGGCAUUGGAAAAAUAGCACACACACACACUGGGCUCUAUUUUGGUGCCUCGCCGGAGACGUGCCGCAAGCGCAGCGUCAGUCAGAUCCGCCGCGCUGACAAGGCGUUCCCAAGCACAUUUUGGUAUUUUGGUGAGCCGCGCAGCCCGGCGUAAGUAUCCCCCCUCCCUAACUCAGCUCCUCCCAGCACCACAAGUCGUAGACAGGGAGGAGAAAGGGCGUGUAGUGGGUUUAACACAGCCGAGACCUGUUUUCACCAAUUACAUAGGCUCCUCUCCUUGCCUUUAAAUCCGCCACAGGCGAGGCGUAUUACUAUUUUCAUAAAGUAGUCAAAGAGAUCAAGAGAUGUCUUAAGACAGUAAUGCCACAAGAUGGCGACAGAGGGCAGCUCCUUAACAAGUGUCCUCCACACUCUCUCAUAUGAGCACAGAUGGAUUUAGUGUGCGUAAUGUUGGACCCACUGGUAAGACAAACACCCUUUUCCACAAAUAAAGACACUCACAUAAAGUUGCUCAUAUUCAAAGCUCACGUGACAAAGGUGGGUUGAGCGCACAGAUCACAACAUAAACUCCAAAAAUGGCAUUAAAAUCGGAACCAUCUGUGCGUAAAUGACGCAUCGCGCUCCGUGGCCUGGCUCUUUCUUUCAUAGAUGUUGGCAUAUAAAAUAAAUUUGGCUCACAAAACUGAAUAUUAUAAUAUCCGUAUGUCGGCUUAGAGUAGAUAACGCAUCUGAGCACUGAAACAAAUCAUCUGUUCAGCUGCAGCAGCAGCAAGACGGACAGAGGACACGGAGACAUGUCCAGGUCGAGCUGUGCGAGAAAUAAGAGGAAGAGGAAGAAAGAAAAGGAGGGAGACACAUUACAUAUCUUGUUAACUUCAUCAUGUUUGUAUAUUUACUAGAUAUUUAAUUUAAUUUGAUGCGGUUUCAGCUGUGUUGAUUCGGUCAGGUUGUGUGUCCAAACGUGUGCAAAACGCGCUCAUCAGAUCAGAUAUAGAUCAGAAUAUAUCGAUAUAGAUCUAAAUGUAUGUGCUGACUCAGAUUAAUAGUUGAUGAUGAUUAUUUAUUGCACUGAAAUGUGCCUGACACUGUGGAAACCUGCCGGUGAGGCAUCAGUGACAGUGAUCAGAUACGCCGCCGGUCUACCAAAAUACUACUGGACCAGCUGCGUUCCGCCUUGCGCUGAAAGCUGACCAGGUUUGAAUCGGCGAGCUUUCAGCGCACUUUACACGCCGUUGGCGAGCACGAAAAUGUCACUGCGCCAGCUGAUUCUGUCGACACCUCCCCUUGCCAUGCCACCACGCCCAGCUUGGCGGAUCUCGGCUCGCCUCGGUGCGGCUCAGUCCACGAAAAUACCAAACUGGCCUUACGCUGGGCUCCGCCAGACGAAAAUACAACUGCGCGGGGCUCGCCGCCCUCCGCCGCCUCACCGGCGCGCACGAAAAUAGAGCCCAUGUUGUUCAUUUGCCAAGUCCUGAAGGAAGAAUCACUCCCCUGCCCUGAAAAACUAACCUCUCUGUGCGUCCCCGUCUGCAGAAACAACACAGCAGCAAGUAGCACGCCCGCUAAACGAGCGCAAGUCGUCGUUCUUUUAUAUCCCAGAAAAGUGGAGAGAUUGAAAAUAAAUAAACAUUGCAGCUGUAGCGGGAAUUCGGCUGAAAUUCAAUUCUUGCAGAAAAGUGUAUACACGUGUAUUAAUGUAAAGGCACUAUAAUGCACUGUUUUAUCUUAGCCUCAGUGAACGAACUGUGAACAAUGCUACACCCCUCCCUCCUCUGCCUGACUCAAGUCAUUCAGAAGUUGUCCGUUUCGUUCACAGUCUGACUGAUACAUGUCAUUCAUUCACUGUGAGCAAAUCAUGAGACUCCGCCCGCUUGCUGGCUGGCUGGCUGUGUGUUGUUUGCCAAAGAGUCAAAAGCAGCAGUUCCACUCCCGACCGGCCCGCCAGGCUCACAGCUGAGCUCAACUGAACUGAAAAAGGAACGAAUCAGGUCUCGGAGUGAUUCAGUUCACGUCGUUCAUUCAGCAGUUCCGUUCUUUUGAACGUAAAAUUCAUGAACGGCACAACACUAAGCAGCAGUUUGUCUUUUUAUACAUUCAACUUCAUAAGGAAAAUGACAGAUAGAAUAAAUCUGAGAGCAAGAGCUUUGGGCUCUAAACUGAGUAGAUCAUCAGGACUGAAUAUGUAAAAAAAAAAAAAUAUUUUAUGAACUUUCAAGUCUGAACAUAGUCAAUUCUCAAGUCCAAGUUCAAGUCCAGUGCCAUGUCACACCAAAAGAAAAUAUUUUUUUGCAUAUUUGAACACUUCAAUGUUCUUUGAACUCACUUAUUCCAUAGAAUGACUCACUCUAUUUGUGUGUGUAUAUCACACUCACCUUGUUCCAGAUAAGCUCUUUUUUAUUCCUGUCUUGAUAUUAAAAUCAAGUUGUAUCCUGUAAUCACAUACUGUCAUGAUCACCAGAGAAUCUCAUGCUGAUUGGCUACCCUGGCAUGAAUGAUUUUGUUAGGGUCAAAAAUGUUUAAUUCUCGCACGUAAGUAAAUGAUAAGAGGAGCACAUUGAAUAUGUUGAGAAUUUGUAUCAUUCACACGUUUAAUUUAUUCAAGUUGGACUAUUUUGGCCACUUCAUUAACAUGAUUGGCAUGGACAGAUAUCUUUACAUAGACUUAACAUGCUAUUCACUGUCACAGAUGAUCUUAUUUAUAUUUAAUGUGAACAUAACAUAAGUCGUCAGUGUUUGAGCUCAAGACAACUUUUAAAUCCAGAAAGUCAAGAUUUUGACUUUAGUCUACUGUCUAUAAUACUUUUGUCUACCACAGCUUUAAAAAAACAGACUAACAUGCUGCAACCAAGAUGUGAGGGCACUAAAUAUUUAUUAUAUUAAUGAUUAAAUGUAUCCCAUGGUGCUGGAGAAAUUAGACAACAUUAGACAGAGAGUGAAUGUGGACAUGGGCAUCCAUGCAGACAUUAAAAACAUUUGAACUUGUAGUAUGGUGUUGCUUUAUUUUGCUUAGAGGUCUAUUGGUGUAUGAAAUAAACUGCAGUCUGGAGUCCCUGUUAAUGAAAGGUUAUGGUCUUUAUGUAGACUAAACGUGCUUCCAGGUAUCGAACACAACUAUCAGUCUGGAUGCCUUUCCCUGUAACACAAACAGACAAGUAGCUCUCUGCAAAACUUACUUUUCUGCUUCUUCAGUUUUGGCCUUUUCGCUGCACUGACAUGAUUUUGAUAGGCCGUCUCCACCCCCCCUGUGUAACCGCAGUUAGAAAUGACAAACUCUCCAAGUGUUGUCAAACAGUGGACUCAGCAAGUCAGCCUAUCACCUUGGUAUAUCUCAUCACUCUUAAGUAUCAUGAUAUUUCGUGGCACAAGAUCUUGUCAGUGCCCUGAUAUUUACCAGACUUGAGUAAGAUUUUAUACAUUUGUCCUUUACAUUAGGUGUUAUAUCUGUUUCUAUACAUUUUGUCUUUCGCCCUAUUACAUUUUUUAUCCCUUCUUUGUCUCAUGUAGUCGUACUGUAUCUCAAGUGCAUAAUACAAUAUGCACUCUGUGCUUGAGUUGUCAUUUUUCUCCGUGUUGAUAAUGAGGAGGUCUUUUAUUCUAGAGCAAACUGAGCUGAGUGGGAACAUUUUCCUGUCAGAUCUGUGAAAUGCAUGGUUGGCUCAGUGUCAUAUGUACUCAUUAACACUUUUACUGAAAUGUUAGACGACUUCACACCGUCUGUACUUGUUAACAUCUUCACUGUGGAAAGCUGUAAGUUUAUACACCCACCACAUAUCAAACAGUUUAACUUUCUCUCACUCACCAUAUGCUUGUUUCAUAACUCCUUCACUAAAAGUCUGAUUGUCUCAUAAACAAUUUUCUCAGGUGUUGGUUUUUGUUCUCCAUAACUGCCUGAGUAAAUGAUUUAAAACACAAAGUUUUACAUUUUCUGAAAUGACCUCAACUGUAGUAAAUAUACAUUUAACAUCAGAGCUGAUUAUCAUAUGACAUGUAAAGAGUCCUGUAAACAAAUGCAUAAUUCAAUGAUUAAUUCAAAGUUAACUUCUCAUCAGUGUAGCGUUUGUAUUCUUGUAACCAUCAGCAUCGUGAUAGAUCAUCAACUCUUUUCGUGUUUCUUUCCUGACAGCAACAGCUUGAGAGUCCAGACGGUUUGAAAUGGAGGAGAGUGAUGAACAAUUUCAGUUAAUAAAUGUGGUAAAUUUUUCAAAAUGCUUAUUAGAAGAGAGUGAGGAGUACCAGAACAUCAUUUUAAAGUACUCAGAGACAAUUAGAAGGUUGAUCCAAAAGAAAUCUGGACUUUGAAAUUAAUAUAACUGUCAUUAAAUCGGGGCUAUUACGCUUUAAAUCCCUAAUAUAAGAGUCUAUGAGGGUCUAGAAAUGAACGCCCUUCUCAGUAAUGGGCUAUUAGGUCCCUUUUGGUGCUUCUUUCAGUGGCUCUCGCUGUCGAAGUCCACUGUUUUAGACAGUAGCUUGGCAUUAAUUUCAGCAAGAGCCCUACAACGCUCUUCCAGCAUACUGAUAUGCUGGUACUAGAGGUUGGUGUUGUCUUACAAACCAUUAAUGCACUGACUGUGAUCUUUGUUGCAGACUGUAUUUUGCACCGUUAUCUUGAAUUCAGCUCUACAGUCAGUUAGCAUGCAUGCUAACAAUGCUGGUGUUGGGGGACUCAAGAAUAAGGCUUUUUUCAGAUUUCUUUUCUUUUGUUGAUACCAUCAUAUGGCAUUCAAAAAAAACUUUUUUAAAGUUGUCUGGAGAGACAAUAAUGUAGAUAUUUUAAGAAGACUAGUGAGAGAAUCUUUGGCUUUGCUUUCCCCUCAUAAGCUAACCUAAAGUCCGUCCCUGUCAUGAUCCAGAUCAUUUGAAAACGUUUCAAAGGUCAGUCUGUUCUUAUUUGAUUUACCCACAGCCACAACAGAAGAUUUAGGGCUACAUAAAAAAUUAGAAAUGGAGUUUGAGGAUUAAGUCAUAAAUUCAAGAAAAGAAGUGUGUAAAAAGAUUUGGACUUUAAAGUCAUACGCUUGUUAAAGUAACGUCAUCAAUGAACAUGAGAAGAAAUCAUUAUUACAAGCUAUGGUUGAUUUUUGUAGCCAAACACACAUGGAUCAAAUUGUGAAGCUCAACUCAGACAAGUAAGGCAGCAACUCGUCUAUUCUCCCUCUUUGAAAUAAUAUAGGCCCAAAAUAUUGAACGAUUUUUUUUCUUUUCAGUAUACAACUUUAUAAUCGUAAUUUUACAACUUAAUCUUGAAAUCCACUUUUCUUUUCCUAUCUGGUUGGCCUAAAGCACUCAGUAUAUUUACAUCUUAUUCAAACAUAUUAAUUGAGAAGAUCAAGAACCGAACUGAAAGGGGGCAUACUGCCAUCUACUGAGGUGGAAGCGUGCAUACUUUAAUUCAACAAUAAUUCAUUUUCUGUCUGAGAUGGGGCAGUAAUUCACUUAAAUGAUGCCUCAGUUUCUAUGACUAUAGUUCAAUUUAACUGUGCAUGAAAAAGAGCAAAGUGGACAGCACUUGUUGACAUCUGGUCCCUGUUCCAGAACAUCUGAACAUCUGGUCCCUGUUCAGUCCUGAACAUGGCACCUCCAAUGCUGUUUGAAGUCACAUGAAACCCAUGAAUGAUGACGCCUGCACACAAAUGCAGCUGACAAUGUCAGCCAUUAUCACCAAACACCAACUCCACUUGAGACGGAGUAGAAACAAAGGCCAUGUAUGAUAAAGAAAGUACCAGCUGUACCACGUCCUUUGAGUCCGAGAUCAGAAAGUCCUGAAAAGUUGGUUGUUGCUCAGAUUAGCCAAAUCAUUGCAACAUGAUUGCUGUGUUAUCUCAGGUGCUAAGAUUUUACAUGGUUAGAUGAGUUAGAUGAUCGGUGCAAGUUCAAGAGUCAUAAAAUGUGACAUUUUCACAGUUUUAUUUGAAAACCUGACAGAAUGUUGCUUAUUUAUUGUUGCAUAUUGACCAUAGACUGUAUAUAGAAUGGACGCCGUCUGCCUCCUCACUGGGUGAAGCCACUCCGAGAACAGCAACCUCUGGUGACGGGCUGCAGUUUAGGUCAUUAAUCCCACCUCCUCCAGCAAUCCCUAUGGAGCUGUGGACAAACUUUAGAAAUUCAUUACACAGAAUACAAUUUUUUCUCCCUCUUGCUUGUGAUGUUGACAUGAAGUUACUGUAAGACUGGUUUGUGCUCAAGUCCUCUUUUUUCUGUGCAGCUUUUUAAAAGUUAUUAUGUUUUCUAUGAUUGACACUCGAUACAGCCUAUAGGCAUACGAAGAUUGCAUAGCUCACCCAGGGGAUGCGCUGUUUGAGCCGUUUGACAUCACAGCGACUCUCGGUGACUCCUUGGCCAAAUGCGUACAAUGCUAGUGCGCAAGUCGUGAAGUGCAUACAACGCUACUGCACAAUGUUGGUUUCAGGAAAUGAGGAAAAAACGCGGAAAUACCGAGAGCUUUUCGGCUUCAAAUUCGUAUACUGGCGAAAGGCGGAACUAAGUUAUCCAUAGUAUAUAUAGUCUAUGGUAUUGACUUGGGAGGGUGGUGCAGAGGGAAUGUAGUUUUUAAUGUUGUAUUGUAAGCUCAGGGCAUCAGCCCACACAGGAACAUUUGAUGAGUUUGGAGCGAUAAUCUGUUGUUGUGUUACAUUCAGAGUAAACUAGAGACAUCCACAAACUGAGAGCUGGUGAGAAAGUUUCAGAGAUAGAGCCGUUAGAGUGAAAAGUCAAGAAUUAUGACUGGCUAAAGAAUAGGGGACUAGUAGUCAUUGCAGACACAUCAGUGAAACCUCAGCCAUCUGAAAGAGCAAUUAAUUUAAAUAAUUUGCACUUUAAAACCACAUCUACACUUUUUGUCUGUCAAUAACACUUUUCAAAGUGCAUUAUCAACUCAUUAAUGUCCCAUCUGUCAAACACUGAGUGGCACUGGUCUGAGCGUCAGCACAUUAGCGAGGACGACAGAGCACUGAUGGCACUGAUUUAAUGACAGAAAGUGAGAGGAUCAAGUGAGAUAUCAGUUUGUAAUGCUCAAUUCCUUGCCAGGGGGUCUCAUAAUCAUGAAAUCAGGCCUACUGUUUUAUACUUAGAGCAGAUAUCUUUUUAUUUUCUCUGUAGGGUCACAUAAGGACAAGGCAAUGUGAUGACAAGCUGUUUAUACCUGAUUCCUCUCUGGUCGAUUGAUGGUGCUGGUUUUCUGCUGGAUAUAAAAACAGCAGUGGAGGAGGAGGUGUUGAGCUGAGAGCUGUUUUCCUCUCACAAUGAAUCUGUUUACGUGCAUGCUACAUCUCAAUGCACCACAGAAAUAAAUGCCAAUAACUCCACUGGUGUAGAGAGGAUAAGCACACUCUGAUGCUGCAGCCUAAUAACUCUGGCCUUUGCACAAAUAAACAGUUUAUUUCCUGAGGAGGAUAACAGUGACUCAGACAAUGAAAACCGAAGCAGUGAUCAUGAGCAUAUAAGUCUUUUUAAUACUGAAAAAAUUAUUGAAGAUGACUGAUAUGAAAAUGUUUAAUACAAAAAUUAUGCAAUAAAUAAAUAGAUAUAUAAAUAGAUAAAAAUAGGGCGCUUGUGCAGAAAGUGAAAAAAAGGAAAUUAAUAAAGGAAAAAAUCAUAAAGAAUAAACAGAUGGCACAUGGGGUCAGAGAAAAAGGGAAAAUAUUAACUGACUCACUGCUUUAUGGAGAAGAUUUUACUAUCAGAUUUUACAUGCAAGCUCAUAAAGACACAUAAUGUAUUAUGAGUGGGUCGUUACCGUAUUUAUUUCCUGUAAUGAUUAUGACUAUCUAGUAUUUUUAAGAUAUACUUUCAUUUUGAAAUAAAGCCCACCACCUCUGGUAAAUUUCAAGUCACAUAGCUUAAAGGAAUUGACUACAACGGUCAGAAAGUGAGUGCCAACAAGGCACAAGCUCGAACAUUGCUUACUGAUUCAUGAUUAAACUUGUAACAUCAGUUUUAAAAGUAUCUUGUCAUGUUUGAAGGAGUCUAUCAGCUAUAUCAAGCUAACAGCUGAUGUAUGGGACUAAUGAAUGUUGAGUUCAUAUUAUGUUCUUUAUUUCUCUGCACUGAUUUCCAUCCCCCUUUUUUUUGUUGCUCCAAUCACCCUCCAUUUUCUUGACUGCUGGGAUUGGCUGCAGCAACUACAAGCCAAGGGUUUAGGCAGGCUGGCUAUAGCUGGCUGGCAUGAUUGAUGGAUGGAUGGAUGGAUGGGUGGGUGGUUCUACCAAUUAGUGAAUCAAUCCUGACCAGUAGGCUGUUACGCCCCUUCACUUUUCCCACCUCGGCUCUGUGCUUUGUCUGCCCUGUUAAUGAUGUGUGAGCGACAUUUGACACACGAUUUUCCUACAAUCUCUACGUGUCUUUGCCACUAUCUGAAGCCCCGAACGCUGAUCAUCAAAUGAGUUUUCCUCAAACUGUAAGACAGUGAGGUGUGAAAUCAGCCGACCUAAUCUGUGAGGUCAAUAAUCAGUAUCACCUGAUCCAAACAUCAUCACUCAGAGCCUCUGCACCUCCUGACACUCUCCUCCUUAGUUACAGUUAUGAGCCGUGCUGCCUCUCACUCUGCUGCCUCCUCUCCAUCUGUGCAGCUCUUUAGACUGGAGGCAUAUUUUUACCCUCUCCCUUUAUUACACUUUUCAAGCACAGGAGUCUAUUCAAAAAGCUCUCCUUUCAUACGCCUGUCAGGAAAUGAAAGCCAAAUGAAUAGAAACGUCUUUACUGUCUGACUACUGGACCAUGUGACUGAGGCUGUUUGUGCCUCAGAUAAACAACCCCCACGUUCUGCACAGCUUCUCCAAUCCUGCUUCGUCCCAGAGUAAAAAUUUCGUUUGUGGGGCUGUGACAUUUUUCAUGUGAUUUAUUCUAUUGUCCCAAGUCCUCCGGCCAUGGCUGCCCCUCCACCCCGUCCCCUCACCACCAGCUCUGACAAUCCCAGCCUUUGUUUUUGCAAAGAGAAGCAGCAUUCUUCCAGAGGGAUGACCUCCUCUGUCUCUGCAGGGGCCGGCACUCAGAACGCGACCUGACCCCAGGAUUGGAUGGCAGCACCCACCAGAUGCUGAAAACCAGAUCCACCAGUCGUCACCCCAAACUCUGCUGCUCAUAUGUGCGCCAACACGCUCCUUCUCUCCGGGAAGAGAGGUUGAUGGAUUGCAUUGCUCAUCUCAGCUGACAUAUCAAGGGCCUGAAACUUUAUUAGCAUCGUCAUCCUUUACACAACAGCUCAGCAGGAUUACAGCGGGAGGGCAAAGUGCACCAUCACUCAGCUCUGUGAGUAUCUACUGUUUCAAUAUUCAGCAGCUGAUUGAAAGUUUUCUGUGAAGAAUACUCUUGCAAAAGACAGCUUUUACUAUGCUACAACAGUACAGAGAAUAGACAUCACUUACUAUCGUCUUACAGUAGAAAAAAACAACAACAAAAAAACAGUAACAACAAAUACUCUCAGAAUACAUGUCAAUAAUUCAUCAUCUGAAACUUGUCUCAAAUUUGCAAAGAUGUUAAUUAAGAUAAGACUGUAUGUCGUGAUUGAAUAGUUCUGUGGUAGUAAAUAACAAAACAUAAAAAACUGAGAGUCAAUUGAACUUACAGUGUAAGAAAAUUGAAAUACUGUACAUUGUUCCCCGUAAGGAAGCAAGCUGAUCAAAAAAGGGAGGAAGCACAACAAAUACAACUACAGUAACAACAGUAAACUCGAGACAUAAACUAAGACCGACAUCAUAAAUGCGUAAACCCACUUGUUUUCACAACAACGUGUUUGGAAAAAAAAUACUGCAACCGAGAUGACAAUGAGAGCUACUGAAAUUGUUUCUACAAUAGGUGCACCAGGAACUUAUAAAAGGUGCACAGAACUCGAUAAAAGUGAAAGGAGUCUUUACAUGAGUUGUUUACUGUGUUGACUACAUUGCCGGUCACCACAGGAACAAAAUGGUUUAAUCUGUCAUCAUUUGGUUUUCAAAAUCAGUCGAGAUUUUAAAAUACUUUUAGUGUGUGCCAGGCGUUGGUGUUUAGCAUGGCAGUUGUUAGCUCUUUAAUUCAUGUUGAUCUGAAACCUUUCUCUCCUUGUGCUCACUCUGUCCCUCUGCUUUACUUACACACACACAAACCUACCCUUCCUGCACCUCUCCCUGCAGUGACACACAGCUUUCCACUCUUUUUGUGGCUGCGUGACAGUUUGUACUCUUCUAAGACAACAUGAUGAAGAUACAUCAGUCUCCACUUAACACAUUUUGCCACAUUUGCAACUUUUUUCUCCCCCAAACUUUGUUGGGCUUUGACCUGAGCUCCUGAUGGUAAAGUUUUAUAGCCUACUGGCUUCAAAGGGCGUCGACCCAUCAGGAAAACACAUCAGCUCCCUGCUUCUCCCUCUCAGUACAAGUUUGAGUAUGAGCUGUUUAUGAGGAGGGGGGAGCACAGAGUGCAGAAAAGGAAGGGAGCUGCACUACAUAACAAAACCAGUGCAAGAUAACAUUCAGCAGUGGUUUGAUCGUGGCUGUCUUGUUUUCAAGAUUGCAGGAAGCCAUAUUUGUGAUUUAAAUGUGAUUAAUUUCUCAGUCUAGCUUUAAAAAGAGAAAUGUAUCUACCACUGUGAGUCCUGUUGUAGAGAUGUAGGCGUAUUUGUAAUAUGCUGUCACAGUGUUUGACACCUUAUCCCCUCAGUGGUCACACAUGUCAGAAAUGACUGCACAGAAAUGGUCACUUUUGUUGUUGAUUAUCUCAUUUUAUUAUAUUGCUUAUAAAGAGGGAGGCAUCAGUAUUUGUUUCAUAGCCAACUAUUAACUCCUCUCAGAGCUUUAAUACCUCUUAAUUUAUAUCGUAUUAUUGAAUCACAGCUGUUUUAUUGUUGUUCAUCUAACUGUGAGUCAGUGUUAAAUUCUCCAGAAAAAGAAAAAACUUUGCCUUUCCCCACAAAACGCUUCGCAGAAUAUAAAACUGGAGCAGCACCUGCAGGAGAGCAGCAGAGACGAGAGCUUCUGAAGUUUCUGUGACUUUAGUUUGAAGAAUUUCACAGAGACUCAUCUGUAAAAUUCAGCCGCAGCUGAAAAUUAGAAUUCAUAACCAGCCGUACAGCGAAGCUCAACUUCCACAUUUCACACCGGCUGGAGGAGAAAGUGCAAACAUGAGAACUUCAAACAGCAGAAGCAGCAGACAUCAGAUUACCUAAAUGGAAACACAUGCGCCAGUCAACACUUGGAUUAACAAGAUUAACUCAUUCAUAAGAGUUUUCUGAGUACAAAUCACAGUAAAAGGAUUUAAUGAAAAGGAAACCUGCUGUUCCCUGUUUUCUUAUAAUCUCACAAAUAAACACAAACACUCUUAGUUAUGUAUGUAUUAAUCAAAUGGCGUAUGGUUUUUGUAGUGGAUGAAUUCUACUAAACAGCUCAUAAAUGCAGCAAAACACCAAAGUUUACCUGCAAAAGCUGAAUCUCAGCCCACACAACUUUUUUUUUUUUUUUUUUUUUUUUUUAUGUCAGCCUGUCUAGACUUUGAAAUAUAUUUUGAAAUAUACUCCAUGUAUUUCCAAGGACUAAAGCUUUUGACCAGCGUAAAUAAAUCACCGAAAUGCUUAACCAGAAGUGCAAAACCCAUGAGGAGAAUUUUUACAUUUAUAAAACCCACUGAAAUUCACACCGAUGCCUUUUUAUGAUAUACAAAAGCAAAUAAGACCAUCAGGGACGAGACUGAUUAAUUUUGUUCUGUAAUUUUAAUGCCUGAGACCUACACCUGCAAGGUGGUAGGUGCUGGUGCAGCUGCUGAAGAAAAACCCCUGUCUUCAUAUUUUCCACUUUAAAUAUCCACAAAAAUGAUAUGACUAUCCAAAGUCAGGAAUAUUGAGUUUUUAGAAAGAUGAUACUGUUUAGGCAUGUUGAGGGCAAAAUAUGCAAAGACUGCUCCGUCCAAGGGGGGCGCCAAAACUGACACAAACUAAAAGCUCCCUACAGGAGCUUUAAAUCCCGAACUAACAGUGCAACCAGGUUUUAUUUUUUAACUUUUACAUGAUCUGGGGCUGCAGCUACUGUUGCACAGUGUAUCUGUAUUUCUGUUCAGCACAUUUCUCUCCACAAUUGUGUUUAAUUCAAAAACCUCUUACCAUCCCACCUCUUCAGUCUGGAUGUGCCUCGUAGCCCCCGGCAGCCCCUGCCUUUUGACUGUCAUUAGCACAGACACUGUUAGCAUGGCUUUCCCGGCUGACACAGAAUCAAAAGGCACAUUGGGUUUCCAGAGGGACCUAUUUAUAGUUGUGAUGAGCUGUGCCAUACAUUUCAAACACACGGUCAGAAGCUUUUUUAAGUGCUGAGUGAGGCUGGCUCCAUCAUCCUCUUGUCCUCCCUCUUCUCCUGAACUCUUUGAUCCAGUCAGCCUCUGUCAUUAGGGAGUGCUGGAUGUAAUCAGAAGGUUUUUGAUGUAAAACUGACUCGUCUUUCCCUUAAUUCUGCUUCAACUCCAGGUCCAAGUGAACCUGUCGUGAUCCCUGAAAUCUAUUAUUAAUUUUUCCCAGAUUCAAUUUUUUCACUGUAAUUUUUCUGAGUCUGUGUUUUGCAUAGUGAUGCAUUUCAUCACCCAUUUCAAAAUUUCAGCCCAAAGACAGUCUAAAUUUAAUGUUUAUUAAUUUCAACACUUUAUUAGGAAUGACUUUGAAUAAUGUGUUUUGCAGUUGCUGAUGCACUGAUGGCUCUGUCAGGACCUGUGUCCACUAAUGGUGUUUUUUUUAAUUUUGUCUUUGCAGUAUCAACCACUUCAGUUUAAAAGUGCCUCUUACUAACACUUACUGUUUCAAGAUAACCAAAGUUGUUCUGCUGCUGCUGCUUCUCCCAUCUCACAGAGUAGAGACCAUUAAGUCUGCUUUAAAAUGCUUUGAAUGCUUUGUAUUUGCUGUCAUUCGAAGAAAUACAAUGAGAAAAUUGUGAAGAUAAGUCACUGGAAAUUCUGUCAUAGUUUUGGCAGCAGCUCUAAAGCUGGCAAUAGAGCCUCAUGAGUUGAGUCUGAGUGAGUUUUUCCUGUACCAUCAGUUUAUAGCACAAGUCUUGCCUUGUCUUGGUUUUGGUUGGUCAGGAUAAGAAAAGUGACAAUUUCGAGUGUGGCAUUUUCCCAAAACUGGAACUCUCCACCUGUGAGUGCUGUGAGCACAGCCACAAAAUCAGCUGAGGACCUCUUUGCACUAUUGACACUGAGCACUGAAACUGCUGAACCGUAAUGGUUUUGUGCAGGAAGCAGGCCCUACCCAUACCAAAAUGAAGAUCUUUAGUGGACACAGGCCCUAAUCUAACCAAAAUUACAGUGGACAAUUUUAGACUUGGAUACUCUGUUUUCUUUCCUGAUGAUGAGACUUUCAGAUUUAAAUUUUGAUUUUGCACGUCUUUAUUUUGGAGCUCAUUUGUACAUCGUAGUUUUUUGUUGUUGUUGUUUGAAGGCACUCUUGUUACCGAGGGAACGUCCUGAAAUCCAGCAUCUCUGCCUGCCACAAACCAAUUAUCUGUCUGUUUGUUUUAGAAUUAAAAUUCUUCAAAUGUUUGGACGUGUCUAAUUGCAAUGCUGCUUUGAUGUGAGGAUAAAAGUGCAGCAAGAUCUGCCAUGGGAGUGUGUAAUAAUAGACACCAUGUACAAUAGUGGAUCCAAACAUCAGACAGUGUUCUUGAGGUUGUUGUAUAAUUUAUGAUGACACAAACCGUUUUGGCACCUCUGGCUUUGCUGCAUAAAUAUCAAGUAAAACACAAGUGACUGAAUGAUGUCGUGUCACUGCUGCCCGUCAGACAUUUGGAAGCUGCUGCGGGUUGGAUGACUGCAGUGAAAGACUGUGAGAUCACGCUCCUCCACAACAAGAAGUUGAUUGUGGGGAAAGUUAACUUAAGUGCAGGGCAUGUGUCAGACAGAUAGUUUUGUUACGGUCUUUUGGUUUAGUCAGUGGUGGGAAAAACUCCCUUUUUAAGAAUUAUUUGACCUUUAUUCAUCAGGUUAGUCCCACUGAGAUUUAAGAUCUCUUUUUCAAGGAAGACCUAGCCAAGAUACCAGUAAAAACACAAAGUUUUGCCUUAUGUCUGGCAGAGGCACAUUGAAGAAUUACAUAAAGGGCUCUAUUUUCGUGCCUCGCCAGCGACGCGGCGCAUGCGCGGCGUAAUUGAGGUCCGCCGCGCCAACAAGGCGUUCCCAAGCACAAUUUGGUAUUUUGGUGAGCGAUGCAGCCCGGCGUAAGUAUCCCCCCUCCCUAGCUCAGCUUCUCCCAGCGGUGUAAGUCGUAGCGAGGGAGGAGAGAGGGCGGAGAGUGGGUUUAACACAGCCGAGACCUGUUUUCACCAAUCACAUAAGCUCCUCUCCUUGCCUUUAAAUCCGCCACCGGCGAGGCGUAUUACAAUUUUCAUGAAGUAGUCAGAGAGAUCAAGAGAUGUCUGAAGACAGUUAUGCCACACGAUGGCGACAAAGGGCAGCUCCUCAACAAGUGUCACUGUAAGCGCUGCAUUGGGCGUCCUCCACACUCUCUCAUAUGAGCACAGAUGGAUUUGGUGUGUGUAAUGUUUUCCACAAAUAAAGACACUCACAUAAAGUUGCAUAUAUUCAAACCUCACGUGACAAAGGUGGGUUGUGCGCACAGAUCACAACAUAAACUCCAAAAAUGGCAUUAAAAUCGGAACCACCUGUGCGUAAAUGACGCAUCGCGCUCCGUGGCCUGGCUCUUUCUUUCAUAGAUGUUGGCAUAUAAAAAAAAAAUUUGGCUCACAAAACUGAAUAUUAUAAUAUUCGUAUGUAAGCUUAAAGUAGAUAACUCAUCUGAUAACUGAAACAAAUCAUCUGUUCAGCCGCCGCUGCAGCAGGACGGGGAGAGGACACAGAGACAUGUCCAGGUCGAGCUGCGUGAGAAAUAAGAGGAAGAGGAAGAAAGAAAAGGAGGGAGACGAAUUACAUAUCUAGUUAACUUCAUCAUGUGUGUUUAUUUACUAGAUAUUUAAUUUAAUUUAAUGCGGUUUCAGCUGUGUUGAUUCGGUCAGGUUGUGUGUCCAAACGCGUGCCAAACGCGCUCAUCAGAUCACAUAUAGAUCAGAAUAUAUCGAUAUAGAUCUAAAUGUAUGUGCUGACUCAGAUUAUUAGUUGUUGAUGAUUAUUUAUUGCACUGAAAUGUGCCUGACAAUGUGGAAACCUGCCGGUGAGGCAUCAGUGACGUAUGCAGAUACGCCGCCGGUCUACCAAAAUACCACUAGACCAGCUGCGUUCCGCCUGCGCUGAAAGCUGAGCAGGUUUGAAUCGGCAAGCUUUCAGCUCAUUUUACACGCCGGUGGCGAGCACGAAAAUGUCACUGCGCCCGCUGAUCUUGUCGACACCUCCCCCUGCCACGCCACCACGCCCAGCUUGGCGGAUCUCGGCUCGCCUCCGUGCGCCUCAGUCCACGAAAAUACCAAACUGGCUGUACGCCGGGCUGCGGCAGAUGAAAAAUACAACUGCGUGGGGCUUGCCGCCCUCCGCCGCCUCACAGGCGUACACGAAAAUAGAGCCCAUAUUAUUUAAAGGAGUAGUCUGCAGGAUUUUAUCCAGAUAUAAAACCAUUAUUUAAUCAUUAUUUUGAUGUUUUGGUUGACUCAUGAUGUUUCUGGGUGGGGCAGCUGGCGUGGUCACCCCAGCCAAUGGCAACGUGCACAGUAUGCAAGUGUCUUUGGGAGUUGAUAAAGAAAAGAAAAGAGAAGAAAAUUCAUUUAAGAUGAGUUAAAACACUAAGUCGGUAAAGCCUCCUUCCAAGACCAGGGUGAACUCCGAGUUGGCUUUUGUUAACAUUGUGUUGUUACCAUUUAAUGUAUGGUGUUGUUCCUUGUUUGCAUUAUUGCACCCCCUAGGGUCCUACUGGGACGGUUCAAGGUUCAGACAUGCGCAUUGGGGAGGGGAAUGAUUUUGGCUUUUGGGGGGAAAAGCUGUCGGGUGUAACGGUUCAGAAUUAGUUAGCAAAAGGAUAUAAACGCAGUUUUUACUGAACAGUAGUUAAAAUUGGUAGCAGAGGAUGGUUAGAGGAUGGCUGCUAACUACAAAAUACCGCUGAAGCUUGACAAGACCAGACCAUACAAAUGUUGAAAAAUGAAAUCAACGUGUGGAAACGAAUCACCAAGCUGGACAAGAAAAAGCAGGCACUUGCUGUGGCUUUGGGUCUGGAAGGAAGAGCACGCAAAAUCGUCAUGGAGAUUCCAGCAGGCAGACUGGAUAAGAUAGGCUUUUGGGGGGAAAAGCUGUCGGGUGAAACAAUACAAAAUAAAGAGUUAGCAAAAGGAUAUAAACAUUGUGUUUACUGAACAAUAGUGAACAGCUUUCACUAAAGGCACUGAAGGAGCAGCUUCGUAUUAAGAGUAAGGUGAAGUUCGCCUGAUUUCGGUCCGACAGGUUGGUGCCAAAACACUGUGGUUAGCUUAUGGUAACAUGCUAAAUCAGUUUUUUUUUCCAUGUUAACAGAAGUAAGUCCUGCCAUCAACUAAUGCACAUAAUAACUUUAUGUUUAAGGUCAAACAUAGGCUUUUUCUUUAACAGACAAUUGAGCGAUGCUGAACCUAGUUGUGUGUCUAGGAAAACAGCUUGGUCCAGGUUUAGUGCUGCUUGCAUGCAUUACUAUAGACUAAUAAUUCAUUCACCAACCACAAACACAGAAUGUAUCACCCUGAGAAAAUGCAAACUCAUACUAUGUGAUUCAGUCCACAUGAAAUCAAGGCUGUACUUCACACAGGAUUAUGUCUGUCUGGUGUGAUUUGACUGUCACAUAUGAGGCCUCAAUGAGUCAUACUUUUGAUAUGCAGCUGAGUCUCAUAUUGGCCUCCAAUUGAAAGUAACUUUUAUGUUGUAACUUUUUAAAUAUGAUCGUAAUACCUGGUAACCACUCUUUAUAAAUCCGUGCUGCAUAAAUAACAACAACACCACAAAAGGUAGCCCAAACCUAUCCCCUUGUGUGUGCCUGUCCUUGGGUUGAUCUGGCCUGCUUGUCCCUUUCUUGCGUUCUCCACAAGGUGCCCUCACUCAGCUUUUCCACAGGUGCUAAGUUCAUCCAUUAGUCUAUACCUCUGAGUGGUUCAUGGACACGUAGAUGGACAAGACUGCUGCAAGAAGUCAGGUACACAGCUCUUGAGUCCAACCACAUUACAACAUAUUGUCACACGGGGUUACGUGUCAGGUGGUUGUAAUUUUACAACUGCUGUCAGGAAGGGGGCACGUGCUUCUGGUGGCAAGCAAGUUUGGAUAUUCAUCAACAUUACAAAUUCCCGACCAUCCUGUAGACUCCACCUUUAAUUAUGUAGCAACCAGUGCUUAUUGUUGCAUCAACUCACCUCGUCCACAUCAGCCAACAUGAAUUUUCUUCUAACUGAUUCUGUGAACAGUUUCUUCUUAGCCACAGAGAGAAGCUGUUGUGGCUCUCUAAUGGGUCAUGCAGGACCACACUGAGGUUGAGGCCUCUUUGUUCUUAACCUGCUGACAAACUAUAUUUUGGCCUCCCUCUGCUGAUUUACUUGGGGAAUUUUUUUUUUUUUUUUUUAUCUUUUUGAACACCCAGUGCCUCUGGAAAUGAGGUUUUGCAUUUGGACUUGAAACACCACUAUUUUGCAGCAGUCCAGUCAGGAUUAAACUGCUGGUUUUUGCUGUGUAUUUUCCUCUUACUGUUGGAGAACAACAAUUUUUGGCUCGGAUAAGUCCUGUGCAAGUGCAGCUCUAAACAAAGAUAGGAAUGAAGUAAGAUGGCUCACUCGAGCUCCCUCACUUUCAUACUCACUGUAUUUGCUGUUUAAUCGAUUUUACUUCUAUUAGAUUCAUGUACUCUGGUCUAGUCAGGGGCACUCAGAGGUUGCCUGUGGGCUAGGUUUUGCCCGGAAGACCGCUGACUGAAUAUGCCAGGUCAGUGGCUUGGACUUGCAUCACCCAGCCUCUGCAGAACUUGUGUUGACAGCUCUUAUGCUUUCUUCCGCUAGCCCCCUCUCCUCCUGAUGCUGGUAGCAAAGUGGAAUCAAAAUCAGAGUUGAGUUUUACACAUGUGUGGUUACAUGGUGUUCUGGUGCCAAACAGUGAAAAUGGAAUCACAAAAGAUAUAGAGAUAAGUUUAUAUAAAACUGAUUUACAAUGGGAAAAAGAAAAACAGUAUAAAAGUUGUUUAAAUGGAAUAUGAACAUGAAUUAUGGAUGGAUUCAAGGUAACAGAGGGAGAGAGAGUAGUCAUCAUGAUAGCAAAAUGACUUUAAUCUUGUAAAGCAAGUUCAGUAACCAUUAAGACAAUGUGUCAAAAUGGGCGGCAGUAGCUCAGGAGGUAAAGCGGUCGGCCAAUAACUGGAAGGUUGGCGGUCCGAGCCCCGUCCUAUCCCUAGUCUGUCCGUUGUGUCCUUGGGCAACACACUUAACCCACCUUGCUCCCAGUGUGUGUCCUCCACUGGUGUAUGAUUGUGAGUGUUGUGUGGUGGUGGUCAGAGAGGCCGUAGGCACAAACUGGCAGCCAUAUUUCCGUCAGUCUGCCCCAGGUCAGCUGUGACUACUAAGGUAGUUUGCCACUACCAGGUUGUGACUGUGUGAGCGAAUAAAUUAUUAUUAUUAUUAUUAUUAUUAUUAUUAUUAUUAUUAUUAUUAUUAUUAUUAUUAUUAUCAUUAUUAUUAUUAUUAUUAUUAUUAUUAUUAUUGAGACAGACUCUUCUAUAAGGUGCAACAAAAGGCAGUAUUAUUAUAAAGUAACAAUAAGGAGUACAGCAGUUAAAACAGAGCAUCAAGGUCCUAAAUUAAUAGAAAUUAUAUAGUACAGUAUGCUACUGUAGCUAUGUAUAUAAUGCACUAUGCUGUACAACAUGGAGUAGUAAAAGCCAUAGAAGGAAUAUAGUAAUGAUUUAGUAAAAUACAGAAUAAAAAAGUCCAAUCUAAUGUUUGAUACAUGAUUUCAUAUUUUAUGGCAAAGUGUUGGAAGUCUCACUGGAUGAUACGUAUUUCUCACCAAUGCUGAAGUGCUAACUACAGUGUCAUAUGAUGAUUUUAUUCUGAAUUCUUGGAGGUAUAGUCUUUCAUUAGUUGCUUUAAUUCUUGUUCAUAUGAAACGAAAUUCAGCUACACAGAUAAUGCAGAAAGUGCCUUACUGUUGAUGUAAAAAUCCCCACAGCUCAUUUUUGAGCUGUAAUUAGAUCAGGAUUUGGAUGUCCCCAAUAACACAAUGUUUUUUAACCACCAUUUGUAUUUUCCUCUUUGUUUUAACCAAACAGUGUUUUAACUGGAGCUGUGUGUACACAGAUAGGAGAACAUCAUUCUCUGUAAUUACCCUGAAUAUGAGGUGCAGAGUUGUAAAGUCAAUCAUGACUUUUUUGCAUGACUAAUAAGCCUGUCUAUAUAAAUGACACGCUGUUUAAAUAUGACCCCAUUAAAGCAAACCUGAUGUGUUAAUUAGCGAGCACAACCUUUGAUCUGAGGCUGGGGUUGAUCCUUUUUUAAUCAAGGACUAAUUAUGUCUGAAGACCUGUGAUUAACCAGCAGAGGAUCCGUCUCAUGAGGAGAGGAGAAACAGAGGAAGAUUAAAGCCUCAUAUAGAAAUCUCAUGUUUGUGUUCAGAUAUUUAUGACUGCAGGGUUUCUGGAGUGCACGAAACAAAGAAGAUAAGACGGCAAAGUGUUGAAGAAACCCAGAUACACACUGUGAGAUGAUGUGAGUCUACUGUGAGCCAUUAUCUCUUCAACCGUCAUCCUCACAAAAGCUCAUAUUCCAAAAAAGGACAAAAACAGUUCAACCAGGUAAAAUUGCAGGCUUUAAAUAGUCUGAAAUACUUUUUCAUGAGUGUGCUUUUAGAGGUGAAUCAUACUGGGAGCACACAAAUGAUCAAAUAAUGCAGAUGAGUCAGUUUUUUAUGCUUUUCCUGUAACAAAUUCAACCCACAUUUUCAGCACAUCCAGAGGGACCAAUAUAGGACCUAUCAGAGCUCAUAUUUAAGAAAGUUUCCAGAUAACUGACAUUAAAGCUCCUGAGAGGUGUUAUUAGUUUAAACAAAAAAUAGACUGGAAAGCACUCAGUUUAUUUGUCCUUUUUAACUGCAAUUACAAUAUACACUGAUGUGGCAGCACUCUAUCCAGAUCAGAUCAUUGCAGCAGACAAAGCACGACCAAAAGACAAUGAAAAGUAGAGUAUUUUCUCCAAAGAGUGCCUUUUUUAAAUGCUGAUGGUGAAAACGUCCACGCCAACAUCUAAAUGUCAUGGAAGAUUGUUUGAAUGAAAAAGUGGCCCUUCGUUUCUGCCAACAGAGACUCUAAGCUGCAGCUAAUCCUCACGCUAAUUAUCCUUUGUUACACAGAGUAGAGUAACACCCAACUUUGGGAUCAAAUGUCUCUUUUUUUAAUAAUAUGUCAGCACUUAUGUCCAUAUUCCACAUUGUCUGUCUGUGACGGGACUAUCAGAGUGCUCAAUAUGCACGAGUAUUGUAGAAGAAUACGUACAUACUAACAACAAAUACCCCUAUCAUGGGUAAAUUUGAUCAUUCAUUACUCUGUUGAAUGAGAGUACUAACAAGAGAAUAAUGAUAUAUAGUCCAUGAGCCAAACCAGAUGUCGGUACCACUUGGGUGGGCAAAACCUUACAUAUACUAAAUUGUUUUUAGGGUCAAUAUAAGUAAAUUAAAAUAUGAUAGACUUUUCAUAGGGGUAGCUUUUUAUAUUUUUUCUCAUUUUGUUAUUUUCCUCAAUAGGCGAAUUUUUGUUAACUCCAAAAGCAACACAGAAAGUCAAAAGCACAUUAAAAGUCAUUCUCUUUUUGGGUCACACUGCUCUUUUCUAUAAAUGAAUCAAACCUGUGUCUAAUUAAAUGAGUUGAUGAAGUGGGAGUGGCCCAAUUUGAUGGUGGAGCAGUUCUUUCAGGUAUCAUAGCACUUGAGCCAAGAACCAAAAUUUCACAUAUCGGUACCACCUGGGUGGGCAAAUUCUAGUUGUGAUUUUUUUAUUGCUAUACAUCCCUACAAUAAGUUUUUAUAUGAUAGACCUUGGUAACUGGUAGCUUUAUUGUAGUUAUCACUCAUUAAAGUAAUAGAGUGCAGCUUUCAAAAAUGAAAAAUCGCCUUCCUUCAAAAUUAGCUUUCUUUCAUUUUAACCUCUCAUUUAGCUGUGUUUGAACUAUUGGCUAGCCAUAGAGACUUGUAUUAACCCCCUAAGUGGUAUUUCAAGUAAUUUAUCUAAUACAGGUGUGUAUAUAUAAGCUUCAAUUAGCCAAUUGUCAGGUCUACAUUUUUUACUUAGAAGUAAAGUAAAGUAAAUGCAGACUAAUAGCAUUAUAAUAACACAACUUUAAUAUGACACUGACAUAUUUUAAAUGCAGGCACUCAAUAUACAAUCAUCCUGGCUGGUGCAGGGCAAGAAGACAUUAGCAACAAAAUAAGAUCUUCUGAUGUAUACACUCUAUACAAUCAUCUGAGAAAAACUCAAAUUCCUAUUCAAAGUCCUAUUCUUUCCAUAAGGAACAGUGACAGCAAAUAUGACUGUCAAGUUUUGGCUUAGUACGUAAUACUGUCACUGAGUCACAGUGGGUCUGUUAACAUAGCUCCCUUUGGUCAUCACUUAUUAAUCAACAUCAGUAAUCGACAUCAGUAUCUGUAUCUUCUUCUACAUCUGAAUCUGCCGGUGUGCAAGGGGCUCUUCCUCACUGUAUUGGUUGGCACAAGUUUGUAAUUUGCACAGGUUUGUGCACUUCAGCCCAUUGCUGAGACAGGUGCAGUCUGGUGGUUUGCAUGUCCUCACACACUUGCAGGAUAGCAACUGCAAGACCGAAGAAGUAAAGUAAAUGCAGACUAAUAGCAUUAUCAUAACACAACUUUAAUAUGACACUGACAUAUUUUCAAUGCAGGAACUCAAUAUACAAUCAUCCUGGCUGGUGCAGGGCAAGAAGACAUUAGCAACAAAAUAAGAUCUACUGAUGUAUACACUCUAUACAAUCAUCUGAGAAAAACUCCAUUCCUCCACCAAGAACUUGAUGAGACUGGCUUUGUUGGCAGGGCUGCAGAGAAGUUUCCUCCACUGCUGAAUAUUGUGGCCAGAAACAAUGUUUCUGAACUGGAUCCCCAUGUCUGCACCUCUGUUUAGUCUUUCUGAAUUUUUGAUUGACUUGUCCUUGUAAACGUCAAAGACAACAUCAGUCUUUUCACUAUCACCACCUUCAUGCAGGACCUUGGCUAAAGUUGAGUCCAGCCAGCUUCCACCAUGUCAGGAUUGCCUAUUAAUGCAACCGAUUCGUGCCAACUACCAGGCUGCUAUCUGGAGACGGUCUCUUCAUACCAAGCCAUCUGUACCAAGCCCCAAGGACCAUGCGUGGACCAUAAAUGACGAAGGGCAGCUGGAAAUACAGUGGAUGCGUGGUUCCCCAGCACCAGAUGCAGUCUUGCAGUUGCUAUCCUGCAAGUGUGUGAGGACAUGCAAACCACCAGACUGCACCUGUCUCAGCAAUGGGCUGAAGCGCACAAACCUGUGCAAAUUACAAACUUGUGCCAACCAAUACAGUGAGGAAGAGCCCCUUGCACACCGGCAGAUUCAGAUGUAGAAGAAGAUACAGAUACUGAUGUCGAUUACUGAUGUUGAUUAAUAAACAAUGACCAAAGGGAGCUAUGUUAACAGACCCACUGUGACUCAGUGACAGUAAUAUGUACUAAGCCAAAACUUGACAGUCAUAUUUGCUGUCACUGUUCCUUAUGGAAAGAAUAGGGCUUUGAAUAGAAAUUUGAGUUUUUCUCAGAUGAUUAUGAAGAGUGUAUACAUCAGUAGAUCGUAUUUUGUUGCUAAUGUCUUCUUGCCCUGCACCAGCCAGGAUGAUUGUAUAUUGAGUGCCUACAUUUAAAAUAUGUCAGUGUCAUAUUAAAGUUGUGUUAUAAUAAUGCUAUUAGUCUGCAUUUAUUUUACUUCUACUUCUAAGUCAAAAAAUAUCCUUAAUUUAGACCUUGAUUUAGACCUGACAAUUGGCUAAUUGAAGCUUAUAUAUACACACCUGUAUUAGAUAAAUUACUUGAAAUACUUCUUAGGGGGUUAAUACAAGUCUCUAUGGCUAGCCAAUAGUUCAAACACACCUAAAUGAGAGGUUAAAAUGAAAGAAAGCUGAUUUUGAAGGAAGGCGAUUUUUCGUUUUUGAACAGCUGCACUCUAUUACUUCAAUGAGUGAUAACUACAAUAAAGCUACCAGUUACCAAGGUCUAUCAUAUAAAAACUUAUUGUAGGGAUGUAUAGCAAUAGAGAAAUCACAACUAGAAUUUGCCCACCCAGGUGGUACCGAUAUGUGAAAUUUUGGUUCUUGGCUCAAGGACUAAUAGUAAAUCUUCCAAAAUGUUAAAUCUGAUGCAUAUUGCACAAGUGCUAGAGACAUGAUGCGACAUUGUGUGGCGUGACGCAAUGUAACGCGGCAUAACAUGACGUGAUGUAACUUGACCUUUUUUGAUGGUAUGCUUCAUCACAUUACACACUCAACAUAUCUUUACAUUACAUUUGGUUACAUUACUUGGUGUUGUUACCUUACUUAAUAUUACAUUAUGUUACUUAAUGUACAGUUUGGGGUUUUUAGCUUCAUAUAAUUGUACGUACAUUGCGUUAUGUGAUAAACAGCCAUCAAACAGCUGAAUCUUGAUCUCUAGAUCGUCACAUUAUCAUACAUGUUUUCUCUCUGCAGAGAUAAUUUGCUGAACCCCAGACGGAUACAAAACCUUCUCUUCAGGCCACUGCUCCUCAAGUGACCAUGUCUGCUGUAUAUAAACAAAGGUAAGAUGAUAUAUUUCACUUUUAUUUGUUGCUUUUAUUAAAAAUGUUACAUCAUUUCAGUCCCAUUGAUCCAUACACAAAUGAGCUUACAUGCUAAGCAGCAACCAAAUGUCCUCCUUUUAUACUCUUCAGCAGAGAAUAUUUAAAACGGCUUUCUCUAUGAGGUCUCUGAACCUUCUUAUUUACAUCACACAACCAACCGACUGCCUUAUUUAUGCUUUAACAUAAAAAUUUAAUAUGUUGAUAUUAUGUUUUUGCACCAAUGGGCAUUAAAUAAAGACUGGAAAAUUACUUUAAAGAAAUACAGUCGCAGAACUAACACCUCCAUUCUCUGCCAAAUUUAAUAAUUUUUCAGAGCUGGAGAACAAAAUGUGUUUUCAGGCAUGUUGAUGUUAUCAGUAAUGAAUCGUGUUAGUUCAGGCAGGCCACAUAGUCAAGCUCAGUCCAUGGUACAUCAGUUAAUCCUCACAUCAAUUAGCAAAAUGCUUAAAUCGGCAAUUUAAUGUAAAGCUCCUAUGUUAAACUUUAUGUUUUUAUGAAUUUUUGCGACCCCCUGUGGACUAAGCAGUAUUUGCAUAUCUUUUCCUUUACGUGCUUAAACAGUUUCUUCUGACAAAACUUUUGAUGAUCAGAUGUGUCGUUUAUUGUGAACAUGUUUUGUGGGAAUGUUAAAAUUAGACUGUUUCUUCAGCUACUUUAUUCACCAGUUUCAGGCAUUAAAAAUGACAAUAUAAGAAUCAUCAAUCAUGUCCCUGCGAUCUUGUGUGCUCAUAGAUUUCCCACAGAGGCAUCAGUAAGAAUGUCAGUGUAUUUCAUAAUGCCAAAAAACUCCUUACAGGAGCUUUAAACUGCUCUGGGUUACCUACUCUCCCAACCUUUUGUGUCUGAUUUUUCUGGUGUUAUGAAUGUUAUCACUGAUACCUGCUCUGCUUUAUGCUGCGGGGGUCUUUGCUGCUGCCCUCAAUGUUCCAGGACUUUAUGGACUCCUGUUCAAAAGUCAUGAACCUUCUCCUCUUUCUUAAUACCUGCUGAGUACAUUUUGCACACAGUGUCUAACACGUGGUCUUGCUGCUAGCUCUGUUUGAAUCUAGCUAUAAAUGUUCUCGGUGCACCAGCAAGCUUUCAAAUGAAAAAAGAAAACCUGAGCUGGGAGCCUUUUCUGACCUAUUUUCAUUUGUGCAGCAUUUCCAGCAGGCUUGUUCUGAUCCUCAACACAAUGAGUCCUUGUGCCUUGCAGCUACAAUAUGACGGCCUUCAAUAGAGAGCCACGAUCUCUGGAUGACAGAAUGAAAUUCAUUUAAGUGUGUACAGUGAUGGGUUAAAAAAAAAACAACAGCAGCAGCUGAUGCUUCAGUCCACCAAAUGUGAACAUAUAAGCAAUGGAGGUUAUUUUGCUUCUGCUUCAAAAUCUUUUGCAAAAUCAAUAAAUAAUAUUGAGAUAAAAUUAUCCCAAAAAUAUGUCUUAAGUUUCUCAGACAUAGUCAAAAUAACAUAUUUUUGAUUUAGUUGUAACCUAUUGUUUUUGUUAAUUUGCAGAGAAGUAAUCAGAGUUUUACUUCCAACAAUACUGAAAACCAUUUUUGCAGGGUUUCCACUUUGUCAGACCGUUUUUUUUCUGAUUUGAAUGUGGAGAUAUUUAUCAGUAAAGCUCAGACAGCUAAGCUCUCAGCUGUCUGUUUUCUGAUAUGCUGUCAUUCUGACCCAGUUCAUUCAUCAUUUUCCAUUCAUGUAGUGCAAUGACUCAGGUCUGACCCUGGAGAUGCCGAAGAGACGAGACAUCGUCGCCAUCGUGUUGAUCGUGUUGCCGUGGACACUGCUCAUCACAGUUUGGCACCAGAACACCAUCACCCCUCUGCUUGCUACUCGAAAGGGUAAAGGAACAAGGACUUGAGAGUCUGGAUAUUUUGAUUUUCCACUCUUGUCUGUCAGAGCAGCUUGUAAUUGUUGCAUACAGUAUUUACACUUUAAAGUUGUACAUUGUGUGAUAUUUACAGUAUAUAAUAACAUGGAGUCAUGGUGUAACAAAAGAAGAAUGAACCUUCUACACCCGUUGUUUUUGGAAUAAUAUUAUCCUUUUUCCUCAUCAUCCUGCUGUGUCAAAUGCUGGAUUCUGAUUGAUCCAAUUUCCUCUGAUUAGCAAAGCUGACAGAGAUUGAUUUUUUUUUGGAGAACAGAAAUUUAGUUUGGUGGUCAAUGACUGACCAGACAGCAAGAAAGAGAAGAAACACUUAGAAACACUGAUGGAUGUUUAAACACACAAGGAGGUGAGUGAAAGAGACAUCCACUAAAUUGAAGAAAUCAGAGUGAACUUUGGCAGUGUAUCAGGACAGGCUGAGUGAGAGGAGAAGUUACAGGACAGAGGACCUCAUACAGGUGCUUCUGUUAUUUUCUAUAGCUGCUAAGAAUGCCAAUAGGAAACCCUCAUGUUCUGACUUUGUUGUGUUUGUAGAUGAAAAGGUUGAGUUGAAGCUUAAUUAGACCCACAAGCAGGGCAAUAAGAAUACUGUUGGCAUAGAGGCACCACAAAUCUGAGGCACUUCCUUAUUGGACCCCUACCUUUGGAAGUAUUCCAGGCAUGUCCAUCUUGAAGAAGACACCGGGUAGACCCAGAACAGGAUGGAGAGAUAAUAUAUCCCAUCUGGCAAAAUGCCUCAGGAUUCCCCAGGUGGAUCUGUGAAGCCCGGCUGGGCAGAGAGAUGUCUGGUGUAACUUGUUUAGCCUGCUGCCACUGCGACCCCUUAAACUCCCAGGAUGGAUAUUGUUUCAGAUAGAAUUUUAAAAAAAUUGUUUUCUGCUUAAUUGCAUUUUUUAUUUCCAUGCUUAUUCCAGUUGUUAUUUUUUGCAAUUUCUCUUCUUCUGUGCAAACUUUGAAGUUUCUGUGUUUCUAAAUAUGCAGCAUCAAUCAAUCUGCGCCAGCAGACAGAGGCUCAUUGUCUUCAUUUCACUCUUUAGAUGACAGACGUGACGGUCGGUCCAGCUCCAGAAACACUUUUGCCUUCAAGGAGUCCUGCUCUCUUCAGAACCGGGACAUUGUGGAGGUGGUCCGCACUGAGUAUGUCUACAGCCGACCACCAUGGUCUGACAUCCUGGCCACCAUUCAUGUCAUCACCCCCACCUACAGCCGGCCGGUGCAGAAAGCUGAGCUGACACGUCUCGCCAACACUCUGCUGCACGUCCCCAACCUUCACUGGAUCCUGGUGGAGGACUCCCAGAGGAGGACCACUCUGGUCAGCCGUCUUCUGCAGGAUACAGGACUUAACUACACCCAUCUGAAUGUGGAGACACCUAGGAACUAUAAAAUACGAGGGGACACCAGGGAUCCUAGAAUACCUCGGGGGACUAUCCAGAGGAACCUGGCUCUGCGAUGGCUCAGGGAGACGUUUGGGUCGAACAGCAGCCAAGCAGGGAUUGUCUACUUUGCAGAUGAUGACAACACCUACAGUCUGGAGCUGUUUGAUGAGGUGAGAUGAUGAUUGUUGAUUAUAUCUAUGAUAAGCCUCUAAGUGUCAAACUAUGGCAGGUGGAACUAAGAGGUAACUUUAUGAUGUUUGCUUCACAUCUGGUUAGCAAAGAGUAAAGGCUUAUUUAUGCUCAACGUUACAUAUGGAUACGGACAGAGCUCUUAGUCCAUGCUUCGCGUUCUUUUCGUCCAUAUGUUUGCACAUAUUCUUGAAGUUUAUGGAUACAGGGCACAUGGAGCAGUAACAGAAACAGUAAGCGGAAGUGUUGAUGCUGUCACUACCCAAUACGUUUCUUUAGAAAGAAAUAAAGAAGACAAUGGCAGGGCUUUUUGAGAAUUGUUGUCAAUUUCUCUCAUCAGUACAACCAGAGAAAAGAAUUCUCCGUUCUCCAACCACGAGGCAUUUAGAGGCCUGACCGACCACUGCCUUCUUCAACGCUGCCUCCGUUUCUGUCUCCUAUGCAAAGUAUACAUUAUCACUCGCUCCUCCACAGUCGCCGUGUUUCUUUUUGUUUUUUGUUGUCAGAAACUUUGUUGGCAGUGAUGGCACCAUCGUUUGAAACGGACGUGUACAUUUUCAUACGUAUGGCGAGUGUAAAUGAGCCUUUAAUUGUUUUGUACUGCGUCAACAUUUCUUUAAAUAAAAACUGCAGACAAACUAAGACUAUCUUGUAAAGUUAUCUUUAAAGCAUUGAAAUCAAUUCUGAAUCUAACAGUAUGCUAAAACUGUGUUAAUUUGAUAUUUUCUAUUAAACCAGUUAGAACUGAAAAACUGCAGGUCUUUGAGUGUCCACUUGACGUCUGCUGCAGAAGCCAGGGAAUCCCCAAUAGGUCUACUAUUCAAAAGUGAAUUCUUUUUGCCAAAUUUAAUAGGAUUAAAGCUUACAGACAUGUAUCUUAUCAAAAAUCAUGAUGAACCUUUGCCACCCUGAGGUGUACUAAAUAGUGAAAUUCUGGCCUCUGGCCCAUAGCCUAAAAUUGUAAUGAACGCUGUAAGGGAGAGGAACAAUGUCGUGGGAGAGAUAAAAGUAAGUAAAAAAGUGAGUAAAAAACACCCCAAAUAUGUUUAGAACAACAAAUGAACUUUAUUCUGUCGAUUCUUCUUUUUUUAAUGUCACAACUACAGCCCUCCUCCUUUAUCCGGGCUGGGGACCGGCAAAAUUGACUCAAUUGAGACAAUUUGGCAGAGUUACUGUUUUGUUUUUUUUUUGUUUUUUUUUUUAAUUUUACUUGUUUUAUUUUUUAUAUUUAUUUAUUAUUAUUAUUUAUUUUUUUUAUUGUUUUUUUUAAAUUGUUUUUCUUUUUCUUUAUUUGAUUUUUUUAAUAUAUUUUUUGCUGCUAGUAUGGGUACUGGUUAAAUGGUUCAGUUGCAGAUGGUGCACUUUUCCUCAUCCUUUUCUUUUUCUUGCCCUGAAAAACAACAUAACAUUGUUACUUUUCUGACCUGCUAACACCAGACUAUGCAGUGUCAGUAGUAGAAAGCUGCUUUUGAAAUCUCACAUCACAUCACAACAUUUGUGAUGCUGCUGUGCAUAGAUUGUGUACUUACAUAGUUGUUGAUGGCUGACCAACCAGGGUACAGCCGACUGUGUUCUACCUUUUCCACUCUGGCCAUUUCUUUAAAGUCCCCUCGCUGUUCCUCUGUAAGCUUCUUCCACUGUGAACAGACAAAAACAUAUUGUCAGAAACACACUUAUUUCCAAACUGGAUCAUCCACUUGCGCAUGAACAACGCCUGGUGCACACCAGGUACUCAUUAGUGAGUGUACGACAUUUCCUCUAUGCAAACUUCAUACCUUUAAAAGUUCUUUACAUGAGACAGUGAAUAAAAAGCAACAUUAACAGUUACAGUGAAAAGAUAAAGUAAAAAUCUUUGAUUUAUUUAAACCCGAGUGAACCAUGUCCUGACACACUUACCCACUGGCCGAGGAAAGCAUUCAUCUCUGCACUCCCUUUCUCUGCAACUUCAGCUGGUACAUUUUUUCGGUACAUCCUCAUAAACAUCAUGAAGGCAUUUGGUGGCUUUUUGAUAUAUGAGCUGUCCUCCUGCUCCAUUUCCCUUUUUCUUUUCCUGUUGGUCAAAAUCAGAGAGAAAGUUAAUGUUGUUGCUCUAUCAAACUUUUUUAAUUGAAUAAUUGUUAAGGUAUGUCUAAUGUCAUUUCCAUUCUCUUUGCUUAUUAUCAUGAUCGUUUAUGAAUAAAAUAAAGUUUGAGUGAUUUGAAUCAAUACUUACCUUGAGUUGGAGGCUGUGGGAAGAGAAACAGCGGGCUCAUUUGAUGGUAAAGUUCCAGUGAAUUCUACACACAGUGGCUUAAACGCUGUGUAGGGACUGGCACAUGCACGCUGAUGGUCAAAGAGCUGAAGAGCAUCUUCAACACUUGUGACCUCUGCAAACUGUCCAGCCCCACUGUUUGCUGGGUGAGGGGUGGUGUUAAACCCCAAACCAGCAGAGUAUGUUUGGGAUGGAGGUGGAGGUGAAAAGGAAGGCAGAGGGUCAGUGUACUGGAUCUGGAGCGUGUCAUCUGUCAGCAGAUCACCAUCUUCAGCCAGUGUCUUUAACACUGUGCGGGGACUGUCCAAUGGGCUCUGUAGGUCAAAAAGCUCGAGUACAUCCUCAGAUGUGAACUCCAUAGCCUCUUCAUUGGAACUUUCUGCUGAAUGGGGGGGGGGGGGGUUAAACCCAAAACCAGCAGGGUGUGUUGGGGAUGAAGGUAGAGGUGAAAAGGAAGGCAGAUGAUCAGUGGUCUGGCUCUGCGUUGUAAGGUGGUUUGCCUCAAAGAGCAUGUUGUCACACAGUGUCUUGAACACUGUGUGGGGACUGUCCAAUGGGCUCUGUAGAUCAAGCCUGAGUAGAUCUUCAAAUGUCAACUCCUCAAAAUCUCCACUGGAACUUUUUGCUGCGGGAGGGGGGGUGUUAAACCCCAAACCCGCAGGGUAUGUUGGUGAUGGAGGUGGAGUUGAAAAUGAAGGCAGAGUGUCAGUGGUCUGGCUCUGCGCGGUAAGGUGGUUUGCCCACCUGUGUUUCUCGGCACAACACCGCUAACAACAACAACGAUUGCAAAAUGAGCAACGAACAAGAGAAAACCACCAAAAAUGAAGAUUUGUUGCCAAAAAGAAAAGGAAAGUCAGUUAUCUGGAAUUAUUUCAGUUACAAGAUGGAUGAUGUUGACCAAAACACGUUCUGUGUUCAUCUUUUUUCCACAAUAACGUCCCAGAACAAUAAAAGCUAAAAAUAUCUCUGAGACAGACAGAAGCCAUUCCACUAACAUUCACAAAAAGAGGUAAGAUCAGAGCAGAGCAGGUCAAACCCUGGACCUGUCCUCAAGACUUCAGCGGUGCAGCAUAACAUUAAAUGCUAUUCAGGUCAUCUGGUGAAAAUUCCUAUAUUUUUAAUAUCGCAAUAUAUAUCGCAGGGUUGAAAAAAAUCGCAAUGUUAGUUUUUUCCAAUAUUGAGCAGCCUUGCUUAUUAUGAUUAUUAUUUUGGUCCUAUUCUUCUUUUUUAUUCCUAACAUACAGGGACACGUUCAAAACACAUGUGACAGUCCAAAACAAAUGCAAAACAUGGUGCAAAUAAAAAUGCUGUUACAAAAUUCACAAAAGCAGAAGGCAGCUGCAAAUUGAGGAAAAAAAGCAGCAAUAAAGACUUUUUAAUCAAAGGGCUUCUCACCUCUAGGGGCACUGAGUGAAGGAACUUUAUUACUGACAAAAAAAAGAAGAAGACCAGUUAUUGGAUCUUGAAAGAAUAGAAUAGAAUAGAAACAGGAAUGAAUAAGAAUACAAAAGAAUUGCAGUGGUUAGUAAAAAGUGCAGAAUAUUAGAAAUAAGAUAUUUACAAAGCGCAAUGUUUUUAGGAAAUAAGCUAUGUAUAAAGCAUAAAGAGUAGAACGUGUAUACAAAAACCAGUUUGUAGCAAUGGAUAUUGAACAGAGUCUUUUAGCCUACAGUUAAACAAAGAAUUUAUGUGGGUUUGAGGUCCUUCUUCAGUGGUCUCACUUAUCGACCAAAUACUAAAACAACUUAUUUUAUCAAGUCUAGUAUUAAAACUGUCAUGCUCAAAUUGGAGGGUGUUCUUGGACAACAUGUUUCCUGAUGUUUUAGUUAAAAAAAUUGGGGCUGUCUUAACAUACCAGUAACAAUGAUUACUGAGUUCAUACAAAAAAUUCAUAACUGGUUGAUGCGGGGCAGCAGUAGUCCUCUAUGUUGGUUAACACCCACCAUAAACCAGGAGGAUGAUGAAGGAGAAAACUCAGCAGCAAGCUAGAUAGGUGUAGCAGCCCUCAGAAAUAUGGUUAAACAUUUCAAAACUGAUCCUCCAACAUUUGUUGUGAAUUAAAAACAGUGCCAGUGCCUGUGUCUCCAUUAGAGGUGCUAAAAAAGAGCUUUCACUGUUUUCUAACUGUUCUUGCAGCAUUUAAAUCAGUUGUAUCACUUAUUUUCUACAAGGAGUAGCAUGUGCUUAAUUUCAAAAUAAAAGCACAUUUUCGUUGUUCAGAAAAUAAAGCCAUCUCAAAGCAGGACAGUGAAAUUAUCUUAAUAAAAGCACCAUAAAAAGUCAUUUCAUUAGGUAAUGUCUUCUCUGAAUAUGUUUCUGUUAUGGGGCUGAUUUAAGAUAACAUAAGUAGGUCCACUGCAUUUAUUAGUAAAGUUUAUAAUGGAGGGUUUCACUCCACCUUUGUCUGGUCCUUACUUAACUGAUGGAUAGUGUUGUUUUUCUCCUCCAGGGUUUUCCAAAAAUACUUAAAUGAUAUUGUUACAGCAAAAUUAUGUGACCAGGAUAAACGGGAGAGGAAAUGUGAUGUUGUAACAGCUCUACUUGGAAACUUAGAUUCACUUUUUUCUUUCUCCUUUGUUUUUUAGUCCUUUUGUUUUUGUUUUGUUUUUUCUCCUUUUGUCAGUUUUUUCUCUGCUUUGAAUGUAAUUUUAAAUAAUAAGUGACUCUUUCUUCUCAGACACCUUAUUGUCUAUGAUAUGCUUUGUGUAACACUGGUAUUGUUGUCAUAGUUUUGCGCAAUUAAAAAAAUCUAUAUAUAUCAAAGGAAACAUUAUUCUAAAAUAUCUGUUGACAGGCUCCACAUACGCAGAUAAGACACCAAGUCCUCACACAGAGACACUGAUGGGGUUUCACAGUUUCAUAGCUCACAGUAUUUACUUCCAUUCUUUUAACUUCCAGAUGAGGUUGACCAAAAAGGUGUCCGUGUGGCCUGUGGCCUUUGUGGGCGGCCUUCGAUAUGAGUCCCCAAAAGUCAACAGCUUUGGAAAGGUGUACGGCUGGAAGACUGUGUUUGACCCCCACCGGCCGUUUGCCAUAGACAUGGCUGGUUUUGCAGUGAACCUGCACCUCAUCCUGUCCAAACCUCAGGCUUACUUCAAACUACGAGGAGUGAAGGGAGGUUAUCAGGAGAGCAGUUUAUUAAAGGAGCUGGUCACUCUCAACGACCUGGAGCCUAAAGCUGCUAACUGCACCAAGGUAAGAGCAGGAAGCUCUCUGCAUGUCUGAGAUGUGAUGCAACCUUUGUGACUUAAGAUAAAACCUGCUGCUUCUGUAAACCCUGAGGAUGAGUUUCAAGAUCCCUGACUGUCAAAACAAUUUGCUCUCAAAUUCAGUUAAGUGUCAGAUUAAAGCUCAUUUGAAUGAUGUUACUUUCUUCUUCUAGACGUUUUGUAGCAGGUGUGAUGUAAUAUGAAGAACUGCACAGCGUUUGGAGCCAGAUCUCUUUUUAAGUGUUUCAUCACGCGGACUGUUUUUCAGCUCGUCUCCUUCCCCUCCUCCCUCCCCGCAGGUAUUAGUAUGGCACACACGGACGGAGAAGCCUGUGCUCGUAAAUGAGGGCAAGAAAGGAUUUACAGACUCUAAUGUGGAGAUAUGACAGACUUCAUCUGACACAGGUAAGAGCAGAGAUUUAAAAUGCAAAUGAAUGUAUUUCCACAACGUGUUUACUCUGGAGGUCAGGUCAAGGGGGAAACAUUAUCCUAAAUAUACAUCAUGAGAUAUGGACCAUACAAAGGCUGUGUGAUACAUAUCAUCGAAGAAAACUCCUCAUUGUUGUUUUAACAAUAUGUGAAAUUAUGAUUUCCCCAGAAUUAAACAAAGACAGGACAACCACUUUAAACAUUUUGUUAAAUGAGGGGAAGUAAGAUUAAUUUCUAAAGAAGCUUAGGUGUUGCCUCAGAUCUGUUAAAAUGUUUGUUUCGUAAGUGUGUUUUUUAUCUAUCCAGAGUCCAAGAUAUUAACAGCGAUUACUGUAUUUUCCACAGUUUUAAAUACAGAUCUGUCAAAGUCAGCAUGACUUACAUUUGCAUAUACCAUCAAUUUGGUCUUUGUGUAAAUGAGCACUAGUUGGUCAUGCUGGCGGUUUUAGAGGAGGUAAAAAACUGCAAAAUAAGAGUGUUAUCAUGUGGGUUAAUGAUAGUGUCAUCUGUAUAAAGAUGAACUAUUAGUUGGUCAUGUCAUUUACAUCAGUGGUGAAUCACAAAGUUUCAGGAAAUAAACCUUUGAGGAACUCCCUUUGAAACGUUCACCUACCUUGACUCUACAGCAGUCUUCCCAAACUAAGGGUCAAGACCCAAAGUGGGUCCACAGCCAGUUUUUACAAAGUGACCAGCUGGCAGAGCAGGAAUUCAAGCGAUUGGGUUAGAGUGUUUCUAUGUGUUAUAAUUGAAGAGUGUACCUCGCAAUAGCUGUGAGAGAAGCUGUAACUCUCAACACCUCAGUAGGUUACCAUUAAUAUGAUAGGGUAGUGUUGUAUAUGAAGCUUUGACUAAAAUGAUCAAAUACAUUUAAUUGACUAAUUUUAUUACUGAUUUGAUGAUAUCUGUAGCAUUAUUUUAUGGAUGUUUAGGAAAUUCUCUUUUUGUUGUUGUUGUUGUUGUUGUUGUUGUUGUUGUUUUAUUUACCUGAGGUCCCAGAGAAACACCUUUUUUUUUCUUUUGGGUCCUUUAUAAAAAAUGUUCAUUAUAAUAAUAAUAAUAAUAAUAAUAAUGAUAAUAAUAAUAAUAAUAAUAAUAAUAGUUUUUAAAAAAUGCAACACCCCUCAGUUGUAAAGCCUACCACAGCUUUCUUUGAAGGAGACCUAUUUUACUCACUUUCACCUUUUAUUAGUCUUGGGCACCUAAAGUGAUGCAUGACUAAGGGCUCAAAAACUCCUUAAUUAUCCUAUAAUAAAAACCCUGAUUUUCAUUUUGGAUUCUCAAAACUCUGGGCCUCUUAUAAAUGCAUGAUUAUGGGACACUAGUUUGGCCCGGUGGUUAAGUCACGUACCCCAUAGACAGAGGCGAUAGUCCAUGAAGGGGGCAACCUUGGUAAAACUCCAGCAGACUUUUGCAGACCAAAUAAAUUGUACCAGAGGAUGCUAUCAGUGUCGAGAGAGCUAUAAAACUUGGCUUUCGUUGAUAUUUGAGGUAGACCAAAAAACGUGCUUAGAGUUUAGCCUUUUGAAGUCAUGCUGUUGAAAUAUGAGCUCCAAGUUUUCAGAAAGUUCAAAUUUUGUGUAUAAAAUCAGGGGAAAAGUGUAUGUUCCUCCAUGUGAUCCAUUCCUUAUUUCUGAAAAGCGAGAUGUUCAUGAAACCAUGUUCACAGAUGGCAAUCAGCAGGCAUGAAUUAUGAAUCUGUCUAUUGACUCUGUUUUAUUUUCCUCUGGUGACACCAGAGGGGCCCACAGACAGCAACAAUGAGUAUGUACAAAUCUGUCACUUCCCAAAUGCUCCUCCCUAUUAAAAGGGUUUUCCUUCCUUAGACCUGAAAGGUGUUUCCAAAUCUACAUCUACACUGACAGACAGUGUAGUGUGGUCCUUGCUUUAGCUUCGACCACAAACAUUCUGCCUGUGACAUCCUUUUCUCUGUCUCUCUUUCAGGUUAGGCUUUUCUUCAUUAUAUUCUAUCUGGAUUCACAUCCUCAGAGCUCCUCAAAGCAAUAGCCGGGGUCAGAUCCAUUAUCACAGUAUCACGGUAGCUGAUCUUCAUCACAGCUCAGAAAUGGAGGCACACACUCGUCCACCCUGGGAGGACACAUAAGCCAUGUGCGUGAUCCGAAUCAAAGCACAACUGCACAAAAACAAACAGGCCUGUUCUGCUCGGAGCUCCGGCUGAUGCGAGACGCUGGUUUGAGGUGCCAAAAGGAGCUUGCCAACUGAUGUCUCCCUGGAGAGAUUUCAAACUGCAUGAAGAGAUGGCACAGCAAGCAAUAAAGAGCCUUGUGAGCGCAGAAAACACCAGCCUACCAUCCAAUUAGCAUUAAAUAGGGCCCUUUUGUUCUGGAGCGAGCUGGCUGUCGGGCACAAGGCUGCACAGAGGAAUAAAAGGGUCCUUGUUUAAAGUGAGUCAGCAGUGACUGACAGACUGCAUUGAGGGGAUCUGAGCCCUCCCCACAUGUACUGUACAACACUGAGCUAUUUAGAUAGCACCCUGAACCCAGCACUAAUUAGGAGUCCUGUUACUCCUCAAUACACACUCACUCUGAACACGAUGAGCACACACACACACAUACACACACUUAGAAACACAGAGCAAUGAUUCACUGCAGCACUCUCUUGUUUGUUCCUGAUAUGCUGUAACACUACUGAAGUCUGCUCCUGUUCAAGAGAAGAUUCAGUAUUUCUAAGGACCUGUCUACUUCACAGACUUCUUCAUAAGCUAAUUAAGAUCCCACUGGGAGCACUGACGGUUUCUCAGCCGAAUUAUUUAUUGUUUUAGGGUAACUGGUUCAUCCACUUCUUAGUCUGAGCGCUGCUUGUGUGAGUCAACGGGAUAUGAGGCCAUUAUUAAGAAAAUUCAUGUGCAUCCUCUCAAAAAGCUGUAUUACACAAUCUAAUUAUCCCACCAUGGAUGGCUGGGUGAAAGUGAUGAUUUCAUGCACUGACUUGCAGCUUAAAAUGCUAAUGUCCUCAUAAUCUGUUUGAGUUUGGUUAGUAAGUUAUUAGUAACAGACAUCUAAAGUCUUGAACUUCUAUGUAGACAAGGUCUAAUGCUGCUGCUGUUUGUUUUCAAAGUUUAAACACUCCUUCCUCUUCUGACUGUAUCUUAUUUUAUUUGGUACAAUGCUCAUCAUUUUAAUCUAAAAAGAGGAUUUUUUUACACUCAGGGUAGGAUGCUUGAAUGUUUUUAUAAUGUUUACACCUAUGUUUCAGGUUUGCUAAUUUAAAAAAUAUAUAAUAUAUGGAUUUAAUCUUUUUUUUCUGUAAGUCUGGGCCACCAAUAGAGCACCUCUGCAUGGAUUGCAGUUUAAAGCUCAUAUAAGGUGUUUUUUUACCUUAAUGAAAUAGACUGAAAUUCAUAUUAAUGCUUUUUCAUAAUACCUAAAAGCAAACAAGAUCAUCAGUGACAAGACUGAUUGGUUUAACAGUCUAAUUUCUAAUGUCUGAAACUGGUUCAAGAGGAAAGGUGUGCAGACACAGCCCUGUUUUCACAAUCUCCACAUAAAAUAUUUGCAUUAAAUAAUAUGUUUGAUUGUCUUGAAUUAGCAGGAUGACCUUUUUUGUCACAAUAUGCUAUUGGAGCAUGCAGAAGGUGAGAUAAGCUAAGACUGCUUUUUGCACAGGGGGCACCAGUGUAACACAAAUUAAAAAGUCACUUAAAGGAGCUUUAAGUAAGAAGAACUUAAUUUAUCUCUGAGGGAAAAUUCCACAUCAGAGUAGUGUCUUCUAACUAAAAAUAAUUCUUAUCAUGCUGACUUUUUACUCUCAAAUUCACCAUUUAUUGUGAACUAUUUGUGUGGAAAUUGUAAAAACAGGGCUCUUUCUGCACAACUGACCCCACCCCUUUGGACCAGUUUUAGGCAUUAAAAAUUACAUUAUAAAAACCUUUAAUCUUGUCACUGAUGGUCUUUUUUUGCUUUUGUCUAUCAUUAAAAGGUAUCAGUAAGAAUUCAAAUCAAUCAAUCAAAUUUUAUUUUUAAAGCGCCAAUUCACAACAGUCGUCAUCCGUAGAUGCUUUUCAAAGAACAAGCACAGGUCUAGACCGUGAUUAUUGUUUGAUGAAUUAUCAAAUUAUCAAGAAUUUCAAUCAUAAACAUCAAAAAACUGCUCUGCUUUGUUUUAACAGAUUUUCCUUUAAAUAAAAGGUUGGACACAAGUUGUGGUUGUAACUUACACAGCUUUGCGGUCACAAAAUGACCCAAAAGUUGAGCCUCUAUAGAAACGCUGACCGUCAGCAGUACCGCAAGUAGGCUACCUAACUACAUGUUAGCUGCUAUGUUACUGACAGCUUGCGUUUAUGAAGCUUUUGUAAGAUCUUUAUAGAUGGAACGGCCACAGGUUUCAGUAACCAAUGAGACACAAAUCCAGCUCAUACUACUAGCCUUUGUUGGCAAAAGAGUGAUUUGUGCCAUAGCAAGUGCAGACAGCUUUUUCGUAGUUGUUGCUAUCCUGAAAAUAUAAAAUCCUCCCAUCUUCUUUACUGGCACAAACCACAGUCAUCACACACCAUUGUGGCCAACACAUAGCCAGUACAAAUAAGGGGUUAGCCAGCAGCAGCGUUAGCUAAAAUUUUGGUUAAAACUUAAGUUAUUAAUGAUGACUUAACUGCUCGUACUUUUUAAGUUUAUGUAUUUGUGGCUUAAACUGCAAAUAAAUCAGUUAAAAUGCUAGCUAAAAUUAAUAUGCGAGCACUUUUUCACAUAAGCUAACAAUGUUAGCUAAGAUAUAUGAAUGAAAACUAACAGCUGUUAUGACCUCUCUGACUGUAUUUUAUGGUGUUUUAAUUUGAUAUGUUUUGUACAUCUUUACAAUCUCUUAUCAACAAGAAAAAUGUAUUGCAUUGAAACACUUGGCCUAAUUUCUUACUUUUAUUUCAUUUGCAAACCUGAAACAGUAAAUUUAAACAUUAUAAAGGCAUUUGUGCUUCUCCUUUCAGAGGUAAACAGUUGUUGUGUGAACAUGUGAUAUUUUCAUACCUGCAUCAUCCAAAAUAUUCACACAAGCAAUACAAACCUCACAACAUUGAAAAUUACUGCCAUCCACAGGCAUAAAUGAGCAGAAACCCAUGGCUAAGAGGAAAAACUUGGUUCUUUUGUUCUGUGUAAAGAGUCACUGUAAUUUAAGGUACUGUAUCUGCAUAGCUAUAAACUGCUCCCAAAAACAAACA